AUGAGAAGAUGGUUGAAGGUAGAAAACCUGAAAGGUGUUCUCUGUGGACCAGACUGCAGAUCAAAGAAUGUCAAAGAUAUACAAGGAGAACUCGCAAUUAGCAGCUGCACCCAGACCAAACGAACAUCAAAUGAGGAAUCUAUACCAGUAAAAAAUUACAGCCAGCUAAUCCAUCAGGCCAAAGUCAUAACCAAAACAGGUUUGUGUAGUCUAACAUAAGAGACCAGAAGUUGACCAGACUGGGAGGGUCGCAAUGGAGUAUUAGACCAUUCGGUUCCACGUUAAAAAGCACAGACAUCAGAGACAUGACUGAAAGACACUAUAUAGAGUAAAAACAUGAACUUAUCAGGACGCUGAUGAGAGAUCUUCAUUAUGUAGUAAUUUUCUCAAAAAAUGCAACACCAAUGCAACAACAACAAAAGGCAACAUCCUAAUUAUGAGAAUAUUUAGUCCCUCAAGUAGGGAUGUGCAUGGGCAAAAAAAUUGGUUUGGUUCUGAAAUUCAGGUAAGGACCCUAGCCCUAAACCCUAACCCCUAACUCUAACCACUUGUUUUGCCACUUUUCAGAAAUCCAAAGCACUUCGGAACUUCAGCAAUUUGGAACUUCGCCAAUUCGGUUUGCAAAUUCGAACUUCGGACAUUCGGAAGCAUCUGAAUGUCUGAAUUUCACGAAAUUUGUCCAAAUGUACAUUCGGAACUAAACAAAUUGCACAUGUCUACCCUAGCAUGUGAAAGAUGAAUGUUGUGCAUAAGGCAGGCCAGUAAUACCCUGUGAAGGCAUAUAAAAUGGCUGAAUUUACAUCAAUUAUGGACCUAUAAGACUUGUUUUUAGAAAAAAAAGUUGGAGUAGGAAAUUCAAAAUUGAUUGAAUAGAAUUGAAUAGAAUAAAAGCACCAAAAACCCCUUUGCAAACACAAAGCAUCAUGAAGUCUAAUGAUGGGAGGUAGAAUAUUCUGGUAUCUGUAGCCCAGAAGUCCAACAUGAAUGACUUAACUAUAGAUGAUAGUCCAUCAGCAUUUCAGAAAUCACAGAAAGAGUCCAAGCUGAAGAUAAUCCUGAAAGGGAGGGGAUGAGGAUUGCCUAGAGGAUGCAAAAUUAGGAGAGGAAAGGCAUAGGGAGCUGAUCCAUAUAAGACAUCUCCAAACGAUCCAGAAACCAGGGUUGACUCUGCUAGAAUGGUGUAAUUAACACAAAUUAUUUUUAAGUUGAAGGUGAGGAAUUAUUCCAGCAAUCCUUGCAUAAAAAGGAAAUGCAUUACCCUUAAAUGGACAAUGUUUGUAGAAACACAUUUAAUGCUGAACAAUCUGGAUCAGGAAGCCAAUGGGAAGAAUAAUGGAGUCUGAAAAUUCAUCCUGAAAGCAAAGCAAUCCAGAUGAAAGGGCCCCCAGCAAUCUGUCCUGUCCAGCAUCCAAUAUUUCAAGAAAUAAUUCAACCAGAGGUUCUUGAUCCCUGAUAAGUAUUCUGCUUUGAGAGUGAUAUUCCUGCAAAAGCAAGAUUGAAAGAUCUCACUCAUGAUAUUUGAUAUUACGGGUAAUUGAGCGUUACUUAGACAUUUCAUGAAACGAAUGGUGGAAUAUUGUCCAUCUGCAAAAGGACACAACAAUCUGAGAAAUCCUUUGCCAGCCUGUGAAUGGUGAAAUAAUUGGCAAUGAGCUCCAGCAAUUGAUGUGAUGAGAAGAUUCUUCUGCCAGCGAUGGUUCUCCCAUAGAGCAAUCUGCACAAGCAGCUCCUUGAUCCCACAGACUCCCCUUAACCAUGGAUAUCUUUGAAAUGGGAUUUGGCAGUAAAAGAACCACCAAGCAUUGCAGGCAAGAUUGGCAAUAUAUCUUGUGAUCUGUGAGACCACUGAAUAAUGGUGAACAGGACUCUCGUGGACCACAAGCAAAUAGAGAAAUAUCACUGAUUACAGCCGUAACCGCAUAGACAACAAGGGACAUCCCAUGUGACAAAAAGUGGAGAAACCAGCACCAAUUAAAUACCACGAAUACAAAGUCUUGAAGGAUGCAUGAAAGAAAGACCUUCAUGUAGAAAUGUCAAUGGGGGGAGGGUAUCAAGUCAUAAAAGGGAACUUAAAAUUAAAGUAAGUAGUAGAAUAAUUAAUGAGAGGUGGCCAAACAAUCAAUCUCCCAAAAAUCUAUAGGAACAGAUAAGGGGGUAACCCUAGAAAAAUUGGUUACAAAGAGAGGAAAAACAGAACUCUGUUCCAACUAUUGCUGUCAGAACAUUCAGUUGAAAUAAAUGAUAUUUGGUUAAAAAUCUAGAAGAUACUUUAUUAAUUAAACCAAAAACACAAAAUGGACACAAAUAAACCCUGGCUAUGACUGCCUGACUCAGUUAAAGAAUCAAUUUCGGCCGUAAAAGCAAAAGAGUGCAAAAUAAGAAAUAAAUAAAAAAUAAAAAGGUUAAACAUAUCUCAAUAACAUAUAUCAAUAAGACAAGGCUAAGUAGAGAAGAUCGCCAUAGCGAUAUCAAUCCGUGUCUAAGGGAAUACAAUAACAGAUCCCAAUAGAAUCAUCUAGUUAGCUUGGAAACAGAUACCCUCUAAAUGUGCAGCAUAGAUCGUCUAGUAAGCAACAAUGUAUCAAGGAGAAAUCUAAUACAAUGUUGUAUCCAUAUAUUAACAUUGAAUCCACUGCGAUAUAAAAUAGCCGUACACAAUAACUAGAGGGAAUGCUGCUCAAAAAGACAGUCCGAAACCACUUAGUCUAUGAUGAGAGUAUAUGAAUAUCCUACCUGCUAAAACUGAUUCUAUCAGUAACCAAUUAGAUUCAGGGGCGGGCUUUUUAAACCCCGGGAAACCGGUGAAUGAGUUCCCCCGAUGAGCCUCUAACUCAAGGCGAAACGCGCGUCGGGGCUCGAUAUUUGCUUCUCUACUGUUAUAUUCUAGCUCGGUUUUCUGUGUUUUCGGGCACCUUCAUUUUUCGUGGGCGGACUUGGACCACGGGCUACAUCCAAUAGCCAUUGAGGCACCCGAUGAGCCUAGUUGGCUGACAGCCAUCUGGGCAUCACAGAUAGACGCGUGACUGAUCAGGGUGUUAGGAGCAGUAUGAUUUAGCAAUUAUACCAUCUUAUUUUCUGCUAAUAUAACGGCUCUAUCAGCAUUAGGAUUCCAUCUUUUCCUACUGUCUGUCCUAUACUAGGUGCCCAUGAAGGCACCUUUCCAAUCAUUUCAUACUAUACCUUGAUAUCAUCAAUGUGAUUACGGACACAGAUUAUGGAAUUCGUUUGUGGGUGUACCUAUAUCUGUAACACUAUCUUUGUAUAGAUCAUAGUAAUCUUUUGUUAUACCCAUACUCAUUACUUUCUUCUUAUGUAAAUUAUAUUAAAUAUGCCUUUGACUUAGUGGCCUGAGGAUAAAGUUAAUAUAAGCAGGUAGGAUAUUCAUAUGCUCUCAUCAUAGAUUAAGUGGUUUCGGACUGUCUUUUGGAGCAGCAUUCCCUCUAGUUAUUGUGUACGGCUAUUUUAUAUUGCAGUGGAUUCAAUGUUAAUAUAUUGAUACAACAUUGUAUUAGAUUUCUCCUUGAUACAUUGUUGCUUACUAGACGAUCUAUGCUGCACAUUUAGAGGGUAUCUGUUUCCAAGCUAACUUGGGAUCUGUUAUUGUAUUCCCUUAGACACGGAUUGAUAUCGCUAUGGCGAUCUUCUCUACUUAGCCUUGUCUUAUUGAUAUGUUAUUGAGAUAUGUUUAAUCUUUUCAUUUUUUAUUUAUUUCUUAUUUUGCACUCUUUUGCUUGUACGGCCCAAACUGAUUCUUUAACUGAGUCAGGCAGUCAUAGCCAGGGUUUAUUUGUGUCCAUUUUGUGUUUUUGGUUUAAUUAAUAAAGUAUCUUCUAGAUUUUUAACCAAAUAUCAUUUAUUUCAACUGAAUGUUAUGACAGCAAUAGUUGGAACAGAGUUCUGUUUUUCUUCUCUUUAUAACUAAGUAGUAGAAUAGGAAGAAUGGAAUUAGAAAGAGAGGUAACUAAAGCAAAAGAAAAUAAAGAGAGCAAGAAAAUAAAACAAUGAAAUACAAUUUGGAUGAGGAGCAGACACUCAGACUUCUAUAAGUAGGUUGGAGCAGCAAAGAGAGAGGAGGUGCUUAUUAAUACCAUGGCUUAUAUUACACGUUUGAUUAGUUUUUAGUUGCUUUGUUUAUACUCUUGAUACCUUCCCUCAUUUUGCAAAUUACAUUACAUUUUUUUUUCUACAGAUUAUUUUGGCAACUUGUAUUGUGUCUCUUAAAUCUUUGGUAACAAUGUUACCUUUGCUAUUCGUAAGACUUUGUCAUUCUUAUAUCAAUAGCAAAUGGUUGAUUUCAGUAACGUACAACUAUAUUAUUGUAAAUGUAAAUAUUGAGUUGAGCGAUGAAAGAAGUGCUUAAGCACUGGAAGUUAAAUAUGUUUGUGUCUCAUAGGCGUGCAGAAAGAAGACCUAUAAGGUAAAAUUGUCCAACUAUGACAAUACCCUGGCAACGCUCUAGAGACACUUGAUACAAAACUUUAAGGCAGUUUAACAAAAACCCAAAUGUUUUCUUGGCACCCAAACUCUACUUCUCCAUACUCCUUACCCAACUCUUGUAUUGAGGUCAAGAGGGAUCGUAGCAUAGGCUAAUUCAUUUACCUCUGACUGGGCUCUUCAAAGAGACUCAGACUAUGAGAGCAGAUAUAGGUUGUACUUAACAUUAUGUCACAUUUCUGUACCCUUUAUACUCAAAGCAUUGCAGGAAUGUGCUGGGACUUCACUGUAAAGGUCACUGUAAAAAACAUGGCCUUUGCAGUAUUCUUCCUCGAACAUGCUGCAACUAGUCAUGACGCUGGGGGAGAAUAAAAUACUCCACUUCACAGCUCCCUUCCAUCCGUUUCGUGGGCCAGACUCCCUCUUUAGUGCCACUGAGGGUUACUCUGUAAAGCCUACAUAUAGAACAAAGACAUACUAGUGUUUAAAAAAAAAAUGCAUACGAGCAGAUUAAUAAUAUAGGAUGGUGACAUAACUGGGAGAUGGUGAUACUGGUGUGAGGAUUAGUAGGUGGUAGAAGUAUGGGGAGAUGGCGACAUUUAUGUGACUAUUAGUAGGUGUUUGGAGUAUGGUGAGAUGGUGACACUGGUGUGAGGAUUACUAGGGUAUUGGGAGAUGUUAACAUUGGUGUGAGGAUUAGUAGGUGUUUGGAGUAUUGGAAGAUGGUAACAUUGGUGUGAGGAUUAGUAGGUUGUAGAAGUAUGGGAAGAUGGUAACAUUGGUGUGAGGAUUAGUAGGUUGUAUGGGGAGAUGUUGAGACUUGUGUGAGGACUAGUAGGUGGUAGGAGUAUGGGGAGAUGGUGACAUUGGUGUGAGGAUUAGUAGGUUCAAUGGUGAGAUGGUGACACUGGUGUGAGGAUUAGUAGGUGGUAGGGGUAUUGGGAGAUGGUGGCAUUGGUGGGAGGAUUAGUAAGUAAUAGAGGUAUGGGGAGAUGGUGACAUUGGUGUGAGGACUAGUAGGUGGUAGAAGUAUGGGGAGAUGGCGACAUUGGUGUGAGGAUUAGUAGGUUAUAUGGGGAGAUGGUGACAUUGGUGUGAGGAUUAGUAGGUGGUAGAAGUAUGGGGAGAUAGCGACAUUGGUGUGAUGAUUAGUAGGUGAUAGGAGUAUGGGGAGGUGGUGACAUUGGUGUGAGGAUUAGUAGGUUCUAUGGGGAGAUAAUGACAUUGGUGUGAGGAUUAGUAGGUGGUAUGGCUAUGGGGAGAUUGUGACAUUGGUGUGAGGAUUAGUAGGUUGUAUGGGGAGAUGGUGACAUUGGUGUGAGGAUUAGUAGGUGUUCAGGGUAUGCGGAGAUGGUGACAUUGGUGUGAGGAUUAGUAGGUGUUUGGGUAUGGGGAGAUGGCGACAUUGGUGUGAGGAAUAGUAGGUUAUAUGGGGAGAUGGUGACAUUUCUGUGAGGAGUAGUAGGUGAUAGGCGUAUGGGGAGGUGGUGACAUUGGUGUGAGGAUUAGUAGGUGGUAGCUGUAUCGGGAGAUUGUGACAUUGGUGUGAAGAUUAGUAGGUAGUAGUUGUAUCAGGAGAUUGUGACAUUAGUGUGAGGACUAGUAGGUGUUUGAGUAUGGGGAGAUGGUGACAUUUCUGUGAGGAGUAGUAGGUGAUAGGCGUAUGGGGAGGUGGUGACACUGGUGUGAGGAUUAGUAGGUUAUAUGGGAGAUGGUGACAUUGGUGUAAAGAUUAGUAGGUGUUUGGGUAUGGGGAGAUGGUGACAUUGGUGUAAGGAUUAGAAGGUGGUAGAAGUAUGGGGAGAUGGUGACAUUGGUGUGAGGAUUAGUAGGUUAUAUGGGGAGAUGGUGACAUUGGUGUAAAGAUUAGUAGGUGUUUGGGUACACAUUGGUGUAAGGAUUAGUAGGUGGUAGAAGUAUGGGGAGAUGGCGACAUUGGUGUGAAGAUUAGUAGAUUAUAUGGGGAGGUGGUGACAUUGGUGUGAGGAUUAGUAGGUGUUUGAGUAUGGGGAGAUGGUGACAUUUCUGUGAGGAGUAGUAGGUGAUAGGCGUAUGGGGAGGUGGUGACAUUGGUGUGAGGAUUAGUAGGUGUUCAGGGUAUGGAAGAUGGUGACAUUACUGUGAGAAUUAGUAGGUUGUAUGGGGAGAUGGGUACAUUGGUGUGAGGAUUAGUAGGUGGUAGCUGUAUCGGGAGAUUGUGUCAUUGGUGUGAAGAUUAGUAGGUAGUAGUUGUAUCGGGAGAUUGUGACAUUGGUGUGAGGACUAGUAGGUUGUAUCAUUAGAUUGUGACAUUGGUGUGAGGAUUAGUAGGUGUUCGGGUAUGGGGAGAUCGUGACAUCAGUGUGUGGAUUAGUAGGUAGUAGCUGUAUCGGGAGAUUGUGACAUUGGUGUGAGGAUUAGUAGGUGUUCAGGGUAUGGAAGAUGGUGACAUUACUGUGAGAAUUAGUAGGUUGUAUGGGGAGAUGGGUACAUUGGUGUGAGGAUUAGUAGGUGGUAGCUGUAUCGGGAGAUUGUGACAUUGGUGUGAAGAUUAGUAGGUAGUAGUUGUAUCGGGAGAUUGUGACAUUGGUGUGAGGACUAGUAGGUUGUAUCAUUAGAUUGUGACAUUGGUGUGAGGAUUAGUAGGUGUUCGGGUAUGGGGAGAUCGUGACAUCAGUGUGUGGAUUAGUAGGUAGUAGCUGUAUCGGGAGAUUGUGACAUUGGUGUGAAGAUUAGUAGGUUGUAGCUGUAUCGGGAGAUUGUGACAUUGGUGUGAGGACUAGUAGGUUGUAUCAGGAGAUUGUGACAUUGGUGUGAAGAUUAGUAGGUAGUAGCUGUAUCGGGAGAUUUUGACAUUGGUGUGAAGAUUAGUAGGUAGUAGUUGUAUCGGGAGAUUGUGACAUUGGUGUGAGGAUUAGGAGAUGGUGGCACUGGGAUGGCAAUAUUGUGUCACUAGGAAAAGGAGAAGAAGCAGUCUAAGAGUUUUGUACUUAGAGGUGUUGGCGUGGAAAAGUUAAGUCCUAUUUCAAGUAAGCUUUAUUUAAUGUGUGGAAUUAUGUUUCAAACCUUAUCAAAGGUUAGAAAAUAUUAUAUUCAAAUAUCUCAUGUCACAGAUUAUCUCAAAUGUUCUCUCUAUCUCUAGCCAGCUACUGUCUCAGACUGCUGGAUUAAACAUCACUGAAGCUUUUCCUAUUGCAAAUAUGACCCUUACUGUAACAUUUCAGAGUCAAAUCUUUCCUGCAACUGCUUGCCUAAAUCAAAACCUUGAGGUUGGAAAUGCAAUAUUUACCUCAAUAAUAUCCAGUCCAUAAUUGAAUCCACUAAAUAAGAUGCACACUUGACAAAGUGCAACAAAAAGGCAGAACUUCCUCUCACAAUUCCAAACACCAAAUAUGUACAAAAACAGAGUGUCCAGAAUGUCCAGACAUUCCUUUUUGUACAGAAUAGAAUCAGUCUUAGAUUAACAUCUUUAGGAGUACUUGGGAAAACAGUACCAUAAUCCCCUGCUCUCUUGAAGCAACAAUGUGGCUCAUUAAAUUAGACAAUAUCAAUAUCUAUGUUACAAAAAAUUAGUAGAUCACUGCUGAUUUAGGAAUAGCGAAAGGUUUUAAAUAUAAAUAUUUUUACGUUUUUUUUUGUUUUUUCUCUUUUGUUAUGGUUAAGCAUCAUAUCCUUUUUAAAGGUAAGUAUCAUACUCUAAGACCUGAGUACAGUAUGCUAUAACUAUACGAGACGCUUUCUUUUUUCAGUAAAUUGAUUUAUUAUCCAAAAACAUUUAAUUUCAUAAAUCAGUUGCUGCUUGUCAUUUUGUUAGUAAUUUCAAUAGAACCCCGCAUACUGUGUUAACACUUAAAAGAGAGAAAAAAAGGAUUAAUUAUAACAAACAUCAGAUUAUUGAAUCAAACAGUAGUAACGAGACAAACAUUCAAAUCUCCAAAUUUCUUUAACCAGCUGAGCCCAUGUAAGCCCCCCUUUUCAAUACAGUCUAGUUUCAUGAUCUACACAUUUUUAUUUCCCCAAAGGGGUCACAUAUUCUCCUCCACCCAAUCACUGCGAAAAACAGGCAGCAAAACACACAUUCCUUUGUGGGGUCAUUAUCAUAAGGAAUAGUUGCUCCUCCUUUGUGAAUUCUAAGCCUUUCCUAUUGAACUGCAAGAUCUGCUGUUUUUCUCAACAGAUCUCUCUCCUCGCAUUGAUAUUUCUGUGCAAGGAAGGGGUAACACCUUUGGGACUCUCACAAGGACUAAAGAACAAAAACUGUAAGUAUUCAGACAUCCCUUGCAUUGCAUGACAUUUUAUAUUUUUAACAGUUUUUAAAAAUGAUUUUUAGCUUAAUUCUCAGAAACAUUUUUUCUCCUAUUCAUAGUUACUGAGGUUUAUAUCAAAACAGAAAUUUGAGAGUAAAUAUUUUUUUAAGUGCAUAAUGUUUCACGGUCACUAAGUGUAAGUUACAGGUUGUCAUGAUUAAAAAAAAUGAAUUAGAUAUAUAUUGAAGAAAAAAAAAUACACCAUGAAAAUACAUUCAUGCUUGUUCUAAAAGCAGAUCAUAUACCUUAGAAUAGUCAAGCAUAUAUGUUUUACAUUUUAACAAUUGUUUUAAUUACAUUACAUCAGUGGAGUCUGUAUAAUGCAUGUCUCAUUUUUAUUGUGUUCUUAUUGAAAUUACUGUAUAAUAGAUGAUUUUUUACAUGUUCACAUUAAAAAUAUAUAUUUAGGUACUAUUUAUGUGCAUGAUAUUAUUAAAGUUCUAAAAACUUUAUCAUGAGUUAUAGACGAUGCAGCUUAAUUUGUUAAAUAACUAAUUUCUCCUGUUGGCAAUUAAUUUGGGUAAAAUCAUAUUUUGUGUUAGAGAUUCCUUGUACAGUGUUUUGAUUGCCCAUUGACAUGCAACAGUCAAUACUGCAGGUUAAGAGGGGGGGGGGGGAGACACAAUGUGCUAUUUUUAGCAAAUGUAAUACUGAUUCAAUUACCUAGCAACACAACAGAAAUUAUGGUAAAAAUCUGCGUAUGGAGAGCAUAAAUUGAUGGUUAAACUCAGAAAAUAACGCUUGCUGUAAUUAACGAAAAGUAAUUAUUUUAAGCUGUUUUUUGCUUGUGGGUCUGUAGACCAGAGGAAUGUGUAAGUUUAGGGGCUCAGUUAAAAUUGGGAUUAUUAUAUUCCUUGUAACAGCAUACAUUGCAUAGCACCUGUUGUUUUAAGUUAGAAUACAUACGUAGACUAAAAUAUUUCUUAUAUUUUUUAGUAUUAAAAAAAUUUGAAUUAAGGAUGAUUAACCCAAUAAAUUAAUGUCAGUGUGGAGUAAUUUAUUAAUUUAUGUAUAACCGUUUAAGAGAGAGGUCAUAGCUUACACAAGCUUUAAAAAGAUGUGGAUAUCUGCCUUAGACUGGAGAUUUAUAUGAUGUUGGUCAUGUGUCAUGUGGGAUGAAUGCGUAAGCAGACAAUUUAUAGAAAAGCUUAAACGAACACUCCAAGCACCAUAACCACUAGCAUGCUCUGAAGUUGUUGUGGUGCCAGGAGUGCCUUGGCACCUCCCCCAUUGUAAGUAGUCAAAACAUUUUAGAAUGGUGUGACAUCUUACCCGGGGUACACCAGGUGCUGCUCUCGUUUCCUGCACUGCAGGUCUUCUCUCAGAAAGAGCUCUCUGUCAGUAGUAGUGGAGUCAGGGAGCAGCACCCGGCAGAUUCCAGGUAAAAAAAGGCAAACCAUUAUAAAAUAAUUUGUUUACUCUUAAUGGGAACUGUACAAAGUAGUGCUUCUGGUGCUUGGAGUGUUCUUUAAUCCUACUGAUCAGUAGAUGUGGUAAUAUUUAGUCACCUUACGAAUUGUUGGAUCUAGAUUAAAUAUUUAAUUGCUUGUUUUCUGGGCAGCACAUUAAUUACUGAGAGGGGUGAUGCCACACCACUUUGGGUUUGCUCAAAUGACUUACGAAGCCUGGAUCACUGUCUCUUGUACAAAAUUACCAUCUUCCUGCCCUAAUAAAGUGAGUUGGGGAAUGAUCCGUCAAUGUUCUUAGAGUGGAAUCCAACCAUUGUCAUAAUUGGCAGUAAGUCACACAAACUGUACAGCAUAAACAACUGCCCCCGGUCCCAGGAGGUGUAUCCCGUGAGAUGGGGGAGGAAAUGGGGAGCUGUAUUCAUUGUGGUCAAUGCUUAGGUGGAACAUUGGCUGCAGGAUAUAGGCACACCCAUGCAAACACCACCUUCUCAGAAGUGAAUACGGGCACCCAAGAGGCUGCGAUUGGGGACAUAGUACAAAAUAAAAGUAUAAAAUAUAGGACAUAGUAUAGAAGUGGGAAAAGGGUGAAGAAGAAUAUGAUGUGUAUAAUUGGGAAGUGGGAAUAAAGGUCUAAUUGUUCAUUUUUGUUAAUAGCUUUUAGACAAAGAUUGGGAAUUUACAGGUCCGGUAGCUUACAACGUGAGUCAUGAAGCAAAGUACAGCAACAGGAAUCCAAGGGGUGACAAAUAGACAUAGGAGUACAUGAUAGCACAGGGGUUUGGUUAUAAUUGUAAAGUCAAGCGUUAACUCUGUAACUGGACCAUAAAGAGUUGCCCUUUAAUCUUUCUUUGUAAUCCUGAACUUGGACCCAAUUUCGCACCAUCUGCAAUGUUAGUCCUUAACCUGUGCUCUGAAAUCUGGACUUCCUUGAUAAUAUUUUCCUAGCACUGGGUGUCUCUGUGAUGGGCAUGCAAGUAUCAUUCUGCUAAAUUAAGUGUAUGGUUAGAUUUUAUGGGGCUUGUAUUGAAGGCACUUGUGAGUAUUUAUCUUCAUAUGUCAUUGCAGUGUCCCAUGGGAAAUGUUAUCUGGCCCAUUAAUGUCCUAAUUCCAGCAGACCCUGUUUAAAAUACAGUACCGAGCUGUAAAGGAGCAUACCUGACCGUAACAAAAAAUAAAUCUUUAUUGUAAAUAUUCAAUACAUCAAAUAACUAACAAAAUAUUAAAAAAAGAGUAAUUGCCAACCCCUUAUUUGGUUGGCAAUUAUGGAUCAUAUAGAUACGACUCGAGAAAAGAAAAAGCUUUAUACAAUACAUACAAUAAUAUACAUCACCCAAAUAACAAUAAAAGAAAAGUCAAUAAACAAAGCAAAAUAAGAGAAAUUAAAAUGUCAAAAACAUGUACUAAUGAUACAUACACUAAUGUACAGAAAAAAUGAUACAUACCAAAUAAGAAUAUCAACAGAAAAGAGAGAAAUACCACAGGUCACAAAAGAUCAGAAUGAUAGAACCAACAUUUUGGCGAAGAAGCCUUUGUCAAGGGAGCACAGCACGUACCAUGGCAUGCUAACUAUAAUUAUAGUGCUUGAUGGAAAUAUUUCACUCACACCCCCCGACAAGCAUAAAAAAAUAAAACACAAACCCACUCAUGAUGUAGCAUCUUCCAGUGCAGAUCUGCAGAAUGGACUUGGGUUGGCAUGAGGUGAGACACCAGGAGGUGAUAUUAAUGCUUUAUAUCACUGUAAAACACACAGGACUGCGGUCAAGCUGUGUAGCAAAUCUAUAGGCAGUAGCAUACUUCCAUGAACCUUUCUACCUACACAAACUUUAGACAUCUUGUGAUUAAGGAAGACAAGUAAGAGGCCUCAUUGCAAAUAAAUAAAUAAAUAAAACCUUUAACUUAGGAUAAAGAAUUCAAAUAACAUUUUUAUUAAAUGGGCAGUAUUGGCACCGUAACCACUACAGUGCCAGAAUUCCCCUGGUGCUGUACCAUGGUAAGCAGUUAAAAUGUUUAUGAACACUUUGACAAUUACCUUCCCCAGGUUCCUCUGGUCCAAGCCUCCUCUUCUGCUAUAUGUAAAAUGCAAAUUCCCCUUACGGAUUCAAUGUUUUCAUUUUGUCUCUAUUUGAACAGGAUUUGACGGCAGAGAGUGUCAGCUGAUGCUCUCAGCCAAUGACUUUCAUACAAACAUGAGUAGAAUUUACAUAAUUAAUGAAGUAGUUACUUCCACAUUUGCAUUUUCAGAAAAAAGAGAAAAGUCUGAAGAUGCCCAGGGUAUCGAGAUGUGUGUUAAACCAUUCAAAAAGAUUUACCUACUUAUUCUGGGAAUGUGCCAGGGGACAUCUGUCAUCAUAUCCACGACAAUGCACUGUAGUGGAUAUGGUGUCUAGACUGAGCCUUUAAGAUGACACUGUCACCAUGUUUAGACAUUGUGGUUUCGGGUUAGAGCUGCUCCUGCUCCUCAUAGAAAAUUAUCCUGUUUAAAAGCCUCAAACGGAACCAUACCAUAUCAUAUGGGCCACCAACCGGGAGCUGAUUGCAGGGGCUACACGCUGGCACCAAACAUGCAAUAUAACCUGCAGGAACCCCAGAAGGAAACACCAUGGCCUACAAGCAUAGUCCCCCGUCGCCUUCACCUGCUGACAUCUUGAAUAUGGGCCCUCGUUCCCCCCCCCAGACUGGUGGGUUUUAUCCUGGUCCCAGUAGUGCACCCUUCGGCGCUGUGGCUGCAAACCCUGCCAAGUCCUGCUAGCCCCAAAAUGGCGGCCACCGUCCCAGGGCCAUUCGUCGCAACAGAAGACCCUGACCUUUUGGCACUGCUGGAUGCCAUAUUCAAGGCCUUUUGAGACAAACUAGAAGAGACUGAAGAUAAAGCUGAUCGAUGCUAGACAUUUCAAACCUUGUUCCUCUAUAUACAGCGAUACUAAGAAAAAUGUCCCAUAUAAGUUUGUCCUCCCAUAUUCUCUCCAAACUGUCAAUACAUUUAAUCCGACUUAUUCACAUACAAGCCUUGUUUCGUAGUUGACAUGUUAGUCUACCUCUUGCUCAUUCUACUAUUAUAUAAAAUGUGCAAUGUUACUGGAUGCCAACAAAUGUCUUUAAAUGUUGAUAAAUAUGCUAGCAAUAGCUGUUGCAGCAUCACUGGCCUUAUUGUAUUUUCUAUGCACCACAAAAUAAAGAAUUUUUUUUCAAAAUUAAUAAUAAAAUGUACAACAUUGUUUAAAAAAAAAAAAAGACGGGUUUUGCCUUCCAGAUAAUUUUGUGCAUAAAUAAAUGCAUGCUGUUUUUUCUUUUUUUUUUUUUUUAGGGGCUGUGACAUACACUGCUACACUGUUCAGAACAGGUAUGUACACUGCGUUUGCAUAACAUUAAAUUAUAAUUCUCUGUAUUCACUGAAAAAGAAUCUUAACAGCUCGCACUAUGGUUAGUUCCCACUACAGAAGGAAUCAGUACAUUUGCAUUCUGAGUGGCUCUACUCACAUGAGUAGUCCAGAACCUGUAGAAGGAGGGAAGAAAGAAGUCAUCAGAUCUCCAUGUGUACACUUUAAUUUGGUUUAUUUAGAUAGUCAGGUAUACACACUGAGAAUAUGCAAAAAUUAAUUAGUAACCUAAAAUGGGAUAAAACACACAGACGACUCUAACACAGAAAAUCAAAUCCAGCCAACUUAAGCUUUUUAUAAUAAAAGAACAGUUUCAUUGUGUUACAAUUUUUCCCUAAGCACAAUGAACCUCUAUUCACACCUUCAACUGCAGUUGUUCAAUGGAUGUAAUGAAGAUGAAUUCAGCACAAUAAUGACAUCAAAUUAGACCAAAUGUUAUCUUGAAUUACCGGUACUAUUUUCUAAAUAUAUAAUGUGCAUAUUUUACAGAGAUAUAUAAAAAAAAAAAAAAACAAUGUUGACAUAUACUAUACAUGACUGAUUAAUCCCAGUAAGUGGUUUACAUUCUUUUUGCCUUCAAAAUUGAAUAUGUUUGAUUUGAACAUAGAUUACGAUUGCCAGGAAAAUAAUUAAAGUGAUAUUGUAUCAGUCUUGUAAUUGUCAAGAUCAAGUAUCAAAAUCUUAGUAACGCCUCUCAAUUUGCUAUGAAUUAAGUUUGUUGGCCCAAUCCAUCAAUCCAAGACUAUGAUAAUAUGUUUAAUUGUUUUUGUUGGGUUUUUUCCCGGAGGAGUAUUUCAACAUGAAAUUAAUGGUUCAAUCACGUACACGUAGGAUGUUAAUUUAUACCCACAGGGCUAUUUAUUUAAUACGUUAUGUUUUGGGGGGCGGGGAGGUCUUCCACUUACAAUUUAAUUAUUCUGUAACAGUUUUUUCUAGACCAAUAUUAUUCUAGAUAUCUCUUUGGAUAUAUCAAGUAGAAGUCUGCAUCCAAGGAAUCGUUCCAUCUUAAACUGUGCAAAAACAUUGUGUGGUAUGGUUAUUAGAAUGAAAUCUGCUCAUAAAUUGCUGCCAAAUUGUUUCAUAGCAUAUGUCUAUCAUAUAUUUGUAAAUAAGAUGUCUCUUAGUUGGAUGAAUGCCCAAUGGCUCUGUAUCUACAAUCCAGAUUCUACCAGCAGUGUCUGGAAAAUGGAAUGGAAUCAGUAUAAAAACAUGAAAAGGAAAAAUGUAUAUCUUUCACAGUCCACUUGUCUGCCAAGACAUUAUUUUUAUAUGAUUUAUGUGUUCCAUUCUUCAAGAGCCGCUUUUCCUUGUUGUAUUAUCACUUUUCCAUCAGCUAUUUCUCUUUUUGGGUUCCACCACAUGGACUUUUAUUUCCCAUCCUUUUUUUCUCCUCCAGGGCCGUGUUCUGUCUUAUCACGUUCUUAAUAAAUGGCUAUAAGUUUAACAACUUUUUAUGGUAUGAAAUGUACACACACACACACACAAAAAAUGAUGGCCCAAAUCAUCUUUCUUUACUCAGACAUUAUACUUCCAAUCUUGGUUCAAUCGUAGGUGUGUGACGGUAAGAAGCUCUCUCUCUCUCUUAAUGUUAUGGUAGAACAUUUGUCCUAGUUCUCCCCCAACUAGGCCCAAUGAAUGGCAAAUGGAUCGGCUUCCAACUUUAGCAGCACUGCAGAAGCAGGAAGUUUGUUACCCAGGAGGAAAGAUACCCUUGGAGCUCAUUGGGAACCUAAAUAAGAGGACAAAACAUUACUUAAAGGGAAACUGUAGUGACAAAACUGUAUUCUUGGCUCUACCACUCUCCCUGCCUCCCCCCUCCCUCGUGCCCACAUUCCCCGGUAAAUAAAGGGUUAAAACCCAUUAUUUACUUACCUUUUCCCAGCACCAAUGUCGCUCGGUGCUGGGUUGACGCUCCGCCCCCUCCCCUGUCCCGUGACGAGUGGGGUCUAAUGCGCAUGCACGGCAAAGCAUUGAAUCACUGUUUUCCUAUGGGGGGAAAUCUGACGCUGGAGGUCCUCAUGCAAAGCGUGAGGACGUCCGGCGUCAGAUAACAGACCAAAGGUCCGUUUCAGUUCAGAAAGCCCUCUAGUGGCUGUAAGCUGCAAUUCCAAUUUACAUGGAACUGCAGUGCUUAUAAUUGCAGUACGAAGUGCAAAGGGGACAGUGCAUCCAGGCCACUUAAAUUAGCUGAAGUGGUCUGUGUGCCUAUAGUGUCCCAUUAAAUGGUUUGCCACAUACUGUUGACCUAGGCCAGGGUUGUGGCAUAACACUACAGCAGGCUAGUUAUGAUGCUUUGUGUAACCCUUUACACUCCCAAGCCCCAUCAGGAUGGCACUUAGAAGCAAUACAGUUCUAUUUCCCACCACAUCCAUUGGAAUCACAGUUUGUAAGUUCAAAGUUGAAGGAACUGUGGUUGCACUACCUGCAAGGGGCAGAAAAUGCACACAACUAGACCUUUAGUGUAACAUUUUAGAAUGCACGUAACAUUCUUAGACUUCAUUAGAAAGCCCUAUAAUGGAGGUUGUGAAGGAAGACUAAUGUCUUUUCCAAUAACAUUUCGGGAGUUAGUCAGAGUGUCUGGCACACUAAUUAAUGCAUUAAGAAUCUUACAUCUUGAAUGAUCUUUGUUUCCAUACAAUACAUUUCACUUCAAAAUGAUGAAAAUAUUCCUUCUUUUAUUCGAGGUUCCCCUGUUCACUUUAUAACUGCUGAGAAUAAAUUGAGAUACUUUAUAAAGACUUGUAUGCAGAUAGUUUAUUAAAAUCAAUAGUAAAUGGGCACUCGGAGCACCAUAACCACCGCAGAUCAUUACAGUGCUUAUGGUGUCUUUGGAUGACAUCUCCACAGUUAUAGUCAAACCAGUUUGUAUAAAAACAAUGACCAUAACAUCAUCUAUUCUAAAGCUCUUCAUACUCUCUUGUGGCUCAGUGGAUUUAUGCAUUAGUGCCACCAACUCUGAAUAGCUUCGAAAGUCUAACAGCAAACAGGAAAAAAAUGGAGGAACUGUAUCCAAAGACUACCUAAACCAUAACCACUGUAUUGGAGGCCCUCUGUGCCCCGCUCUUAGACAAGUCAAAGGAAGUAUUUUGUUUGCUCAGGAAUAGCAAAUCGGCAAAGCACAUUAGCAUAAAAGUUUCAUACUCGUACUGGAAAACUAAAUUAGCAAAUAAAAAUUGACAUUGUGCGAUAACGUAUAUCAGGGCUCAAAACGUGCCCAUGGCUGGUAAAGGAGUGGAAAUAUAUGAAUAACAUACGUGUAAGAAAUAAAAGCAUUUAUUUUGGGGAGGGGGACUAUCCACAAAAAAGUUAACUGAUGGGAGAACAGCUGUAGUAAAAAAAAAAAAAAUAAAUAAAAAUAGCAUUGUAAAAAGAAAUAAAAAGUAAAUGAACCUUAAUUUCACAAAAUCUAUUUUACAUUCCCCAAAAUUAACUUUUUUUGUUAGGAAAAAAAAUGCAUAGGGACUUAUCAAAACUCUCAUGAUAAUCGUAAGGCAGAGAAGCAUUUUAUUAAUUUUAAAAGAAAGGGGCCAAUAUUAUUGACCAGCUGUUAUGGAUUUUACUAACCGACCACAAGAAUGUUGAAAAGAAGGGAUCAUUGAGUUUAACAUCUGGAAUAAAGUAGAUCUGUCUGUGAACUGUUUCCAUAAGGGAUCAGAGUUUUUAAAUGCAAAAUCCAUAUUACAGAGGUGUACAUUGUAUCCAUACGUUCAUGUAGACCACUGAGAUUGAGAUAUAGCUCAAUGUUUAGAACUCCAACUGCAAUGUUUCCGGUACCUGUUGGAACCACAGGUUCUGCUCCCAGCAGGGCCAAAUCACCCUUUUAUCCACCCGAGGUUGAUAAAAUAAUUACCUUUCAUUAGGGGAAUAAUAAUCUCAAAAUACUUACAUGGUUAUUCUCUAGAGUGAGAAUUGCUAAGAAUUCAAAGUGAAUUUCAAAAUUUAGGCCAAAAUUGUUGACUUAGAAGAAAUCUCCAAAUAAAUUCUGUUUUUCAUUUUAGCACUUAGGUCUAACUUUGAAAUACCCCUGAAAGACUCAUUCGAAAACCAUGAAAAGCUGAGUUUGCCCUUUGGAUUACAUGACUUGAUAUUAUAAUAAGCUAAAUAAAUAAAUAAAUAACCUUUCUCCCAACUGUUCUCAAUCUAGAAGGACUUUCCUAUUUGGGACUCCUAUCCCUCCAUCUUGUUGUUUUUUUUCUUUCUUUCUGUAGACAUCAGAGAACCUCCCAAAAAUAUUUCUGGUAGUUAAAGUGCUGCUUGUGAAAGGGUGUACUACUUGUCACUAGUGAUAAACAUCACAUCACUGGUAUUCUCACAAUAUGUACCUCUUUUGUCCCAAUUUCUUACCUUCCAAUGUUGUAAGGCACGUAGAAUGCACCUCGUACUGUUUUAUUUAUUUAUAACGCAGAAUCCAUCACACUACACUCAUUUAAUAAAGACCAGGUUCGAAGCUCACAAAAUUUUAGUAUUUAAAAAAUCUGAUUUGCCAAAACUAAUGGGGAUUCAGUUACAAUAAAUAAUGAUCCAUUGGAGCCUUCGACAACGCUAGACAUACAAUAUGUAUGAAUUCAAGAGGGCUACACAAACAUAAACAUGCAUACAUUAUAAGGUUGAAUGUAAGGUGAGUCCUGCCUUCUUGGUUUCAUAUAUGUAUAUAUAUUGUAAAUGUAUUUUUUUAUUUUUUUUGUGGAUAUUCAUUAUCUGGUCUUCUUAAUUUGCUAUAAUGCUUACAAAUUACUGUACUAAAAUGCAGUAAUUGAUUAAAUAAGAAUGUAUCAUUCAUUGAACAUUUUUCUAUAUAAGCUUUCUAGCUGUGGUCUUGAGUGCGUCCUUUAUUUCUUUCAACUCCCCACAACCAUAUUUAAUUGCUUAUGGUAGACGGCAAUUUGAACAUCUGUCAAGAUUAGGUAGAACGAACAGUGAACUUGACAGCAUUAUUACGUCUUUUUUUUUCUUCUAUCGUUUUUUUUCUCCCCUUUUUGUAUUUAGACAUGUUUUUGCAUCCACUUCAUGAAGAAGUAAUUAAAACGUUGAGUCCAUGCUUGGAUGGAGAAGGAGGACAUAUCCGUUCUGUCUGCAAUUAAAAUAGUUAACUAGUGGGGGUUUUUUCACUACAAGCGUUUUGGCGUCCUCCGUUCAUCAGAGAUCUUGUACACUUCUUAGGAAAACAGUCUGUAAUUAUGGCUACUUCAUACUUUUUCAAACUCUCCAAGCAUUAUUAAUUUCUUUGGGAGGAAAUAAAAAGUACGGCACCAUUACGAUGAAACUUAUACAAACCUAAGCCCUUAAUUUAAAGUUGCUAGAUAAUGAUUAAAUAUUUUUGGAUAAACGUUUUAAAUUAUUUAUUAUUGUAAUGAAAAAUAUUUUACGUUUGUAAUACUUUGACAACUUUUAUAAAUGAUAUAUUUUUCUUGAUGUAGUAAAAAAAAAAAUUCAAACGUUUAUCCAAAAUACUAAAUCAUAUGAAAAGCUUAUCCAAGAAUAUUAAAUUAAGCCUUAGUUAUAAAAUAUUUCAUAUUUUUUCAUAGAGAUAGUUUUUGGCACAUACGGUGAUUGUGACAAACGCUCCUUCCCAGGUACGUUUGCCAUGGACUCCUGGAGGAGCCAGCUGGCUAGCCUCCUGCUGGAAGGACUAUGGGUCAUGUAAAAGACAUGUUAAAUGGCUUGGUUCAUGUAAUUUCCCUAUACCGUUCGGGAACCGAACAACUGCAUGUACCAGGGACUAAAAUCGGACACUGAAAUUCCCGAACACCCUGGACUUCCAUAAUCGAGUGCGUUCGUUUCUGGAAGGGCACUGUUCGGUGGAAUCGUUCGCAUAGAUGAGGUGAACAAGCUGCACAUUAUAAUUAUUAUUAUUUUAUUAUUUAUAGAGCGUCAGCAAAUUCCGUAGCGCUGUACAAUGGGAUGGAUUAUGUUCGGUAUUUUAUUCACUUGGGUACUCCUGAAAGAGACCGAUCGCUCUGUUGAGCAAUCACAUGGCCACAGGGGUCCUAAUCCACCACGGGGAGACUGUCUGGGCUGCAGGCAGUCUCCCCACACCGGGAGCACCGCCGAUCGCCGCUAGUAUGGUUCAGGACCGUCACCGGUCGGCAAUGCAAAAAUGCAGAUGACAGUCCUGAACCGUCCUCGGUCCUUAAGUGGUUAAAACAUUCCAGUUGUACUCCCAGAACUAUGUGUCGUCUGGUUACUGGAAGGGAAAAGGGCUAAUCACUGUUCCAGCUUGUUCCAGCUCUUGGAGGAGGAUUCAGCGGGGAAAGUCCUUGUAAGGACUAGUGCUCCCAGGACUGUGUGUCGUCCAGUCCUUGGGAGGGAAUAAAGCUAGUCCCCUGUUCCAGUUAGGAAGCGGUCCUUGGUGGAGGUACUCAGCUGGGGUACAGGGAGCUCUGCUACAGCGAUAUUUGGUGAUUUAGACACUACGGUUACUCUAAACACACUUUACAUUUUGUCUCAAGAAUUGUGGUAACUCAGAAUUCUAAAUGCAACAUUUUGGCCAAAAUAGCCAAGCCAUAAAACCAGACGAACUGCAGAAUUUUUUUCUACAAUUUGUCAAUUUGAGAUUCAAGUAGAACUUGAAUAUUAUAGUCUGAAUUUAUGUUUUUCAAUUCACUACAAUUUACCAUUUAGUGAAUAGCCCCUAACAUGUUAUAGAUCCAUUUGUCAAUUAUAAUAAAAACACGUUUCCUUUAGAUUACAAUUCUUGGUCAGGUCUACUUUGCCUUUGAGAUUUAUGCACUAAACAGUGAAACUGGGCCAGUAAUCCAUAGAUUGCAACAUUUAGGGAAAAUUAGUCAAGUUGCAAAAAAAAAAUACCCUUUAUAGUUACUAUGUAACUAUGGCCAGGUUGCUGAAUGCCCUGUGUUUAUGAAACAGAACAUAUUUAAUAAGCAAUUCAUCAUUCUCAAUAUUUUAUGUGGGUUUUUUUUGUUGUUUUAUUUUGCACUGAAAAUAUGUUUUUAACGUUAAAGCCACAAGCAUGUUACAAAGAUUGCAUUUAUGCUAGGUAGUAGCUAUUGCUAAUUGUUGAAUGCCAAGUUUAAGAAAUAUCCCCACGUACAUUUGCUAAACAAUACUCUUGGUAACAAACUGUAAUGAUUUUGAAAUGUGUUUUUUUUUUUGUUUGUUAUUUUUUCUUUUUAAUUUACCUACCUGUCUGUCUAUGCUCCCUUCACAGAGACAGCCAUGAAAAAGCUAAUUGUUCUUCUGGUUGGUGUAACGGUCCUUUUCCUGGGAUAUGGAGGUUGGUAUGAUGAUAAUUGCUGAUUGUAUAACACAUGUACAUCAUGACAAAUUUAAAGCCCUCCCAUGUUCCUUUAAAAUAUUACAGCAAAGUAAAAUUUUUUGCAUUUUCAUGUAACGGUUAUGUAAAAGGCAGGAAACCAUAAUAUAUAUAUAUUUUUUAUUUUAUUUUUUUUUAUGGUUUGAAUGUAUGUUGGAUAUCAUUCAAACACAUCCAAAUUCCAAAUCAGGAAUAUGUUUAUCGACUGGGAAGUCAGCAGGAACAAAUCUGAUACUGGCUCUUAGCCAGUUUUUUUUUCUUUAUAUUUUAAUAAUAAGAAAAAUGCUUAAAAAUUUAAAAUUAUACAAUUGGAGGUUUUUUUUCCGUUAAUCUUAAUCUCCCGAUAAAAUGAAAUGCAUAUUUAAAGAUGUUCGUAUGUAGUGCUGUAUCAGGUUUACAUUGUUGCUAGGUAAAAUGCUAAUAUCCUUAGUUACUAAGAAAGGUCACAUGAUAUUGGCACAUUCACUGCGGUGGAAUAUCUAAGCUAAUCUACCUGAAAACAUUGUGGGGGUGCACAAUAAGACAUCAUUCCUAAUGUUAACAGUUAACACCCAAUUUAAAAUUAGAUUUUUCAAUAUGUAUCCUGUAUAGAGAUUUUACUAAUAAUUGUAACAAUUCUGUACACAUGACUUGCUUUGACUACACAAUCAUCUAUUCACACUGACUGCAGAAUUGUAUUUUUCACAGGAAAUAAGUAAAACAAUAAACCGAGAGCCGUGUUAAUGCCAUGUUAGUGCUUUCACAGUAUGUCCCAUUACGCCAUAGUUUGAGAGGCACAUAGUGGGUUUUCUCUCUCUGAAUCCGUCCAAAAACACAGCAUUGAUUGGCAUCCACUCCCAACACUCCGACCGCCCAGAUUAUGCAGAAUAUGUUGUGUAGAGGUUCAGCCAGCAGAUAUAUAGUUGACCCUGUCUAACGGUAUCACAUAAACAUGUAGAAACGUAAACUGAUAUUCUUUUUUGGUCUUUAUUUUUCAGGUUCCAAGCUAUAUUUAUAUUUUAUCAUUAUUUUGUAGAGAUUAUCAAUAACAUUUUGCACAAAUAUGUUUACAUUAAAGGAACACUAUAGGGUCAGGAACACAAACAUGCAUUCCUGACCCUAUAGUGUUUAACCCACCAUUUAGGUGGCUUGCCCCCCCUUAGCCCCUAUAGAAAAUUUUAAAACUCACCUUAUUUCCAGCCCCACCCUGAUCUACAUCCUAGUUAACACCAUCAGAAUGUCCGCUAUUUAGCCAAUCCAAUGACAGCUCAGCUCGUGGUCUUUGCCCACCCCCUCUCCUCUGCUGACAGGCAGAAGAGAGAAAGUGCACACACAGUGCCUUCUCUCUCCUGCACACGUCAGACGUAUUUCAAUACGUCUGACGUGUACAAAGCCUUUUUAGGGCCCUACAUGAUAGGUAGUCUCUCUAGUGGCUGUCUGAGUGACGGCCACUGGAGGUAUUCCUAUCAAUCAAUGUAAACACUGUAUUUUCCCUGAAAAUACAGUGUUUACAUUAGAUUGCCUGCAGGGAGCUAUAGAUCAUACCUGAACAACUACAUUAAGCUGUAGAUGUUCAGGUGACUAUAGUGUCCCUUUAAGUCUUCCUGAUGGAAGCUUUGAUCAUUGAGCAGAGGUACAGAGCAGGUUGAUCAGGUGCCUGCUUGAAGAUCUUGGGGUUAAUUCAUUCAUUAAUGGUUUAACCCCUUCAGGUAAGCCAGUGCUCAGGACAUCUGCACACCAUAACAACUUUAUUGUGGUAAAGUUAUGGUGCCUGGAGUGUCCCUUUAUGCAUUUUUGACAAGCAGCUAGCCACUGGGUCACCAAGAGACAGGGGACCAUCAGCACUGCUUUCCCUCUCCUCUGCUCGGCUGCUGUACAGAUAAGAAAUUGCUGUGUUGGGUGUUAGACUGUAUGUUCUGUCUCAGCCCAUCACUGGUCGUACAUUGCGAGUCGCUGUAUGUGCUGUACUCACAAUGGGCAGCCAGUGAUAGGUUGGCAGCAUCAACUGACAGACUAUCACCAGCACCCAAAGUUACAAUUCUUUAUUCAUAUGGCUUUUGAGUUAAACUAUUCAAAAACAGUUUCAUACCAUAAGAUAAAGCAGCACACAGGGACUGCAGCCUCCUUAAAAAACCUAAUUAAUAUAAAGUUAUUUUGAGGGUGUUGAGUCCCAAUGAAGCAACAACUAUGAUCCACAUGACCAUCCCACCUGUUAUGUAUCUAUAAUACAAAGACACCAUUCAAUAGACUUAGUAUACAUGUUAUUUGGCUGAAUAUAGGUGAUGCACACAUGCACAGAACGUACCUUCCAGUUGUGGUUACUGUAGCGAUGACUUAGAACGUUACCUUUUUGCUGCUGUAUAUUUGAGCUCCUAACCAAUAAAUACCAGGAUACAGACAGUAUCUGUAGGUGCGGACAAUAGCAGCAUUAUGCCACAACUCAUGGGCCUGAAAGUAUAAAGCCUGGCUGUUAAUAAUAAAACCAACUUGGAAACAAGCCCAUAAUGGGGUUUUUUGGCCAAUGUUGUGUAGAAACUUGUGUAACCUAGAACGUUGUGUAGCCUCAUGAAUUCAGUGUUAUGUGAUUUCCAAUAGACUAGGUAAAUUACUAAUCCAUCCCUAUCGCUCGUAAACCAUCAUUGCCAGUAAGGUUGGUCAGUUUUUAGAUUGAUAAUGGAGAAAUUAAAUGAAAUAGUUGCUAUGGUGAAUAGAGCAUCCCAGGAUGGUCCAGAGGUUAGUACCCAUGUAAAAACCCAGUCUGUAGAUGUGUCACUAUUGACAUCAAUGUGAAGCGCCUACUGCAGUGUAUGAUUCUAGAAAUGCAAGCAAUAUACUUCUAAUACCAAAGAAAUACACGCUUGCUAAGCUAAAACAUUCCUGAGUAUGCGUGUCGGUCUAUACCUGGUCAAAUUUACCUAUCCAACCCUGCAGCAAAGAGUGUCUUGAAAAACUAUUGCAAUUAACAAACAAAAGCACAAAUAGUCCUGUCCACCUUGUACUUACCUGUUGGACAUAUAGAGGUGAUUUACCUGGUCUGGACAACCCUCAGUAUAGAAUAUUACUGAUUAAAAUUGGGUGGAAUGAUUGGGACAAUUAAUCCAAACCCUAAAUAGAGCCCAGCAUCCCACAGUCAAGGGGUCCUCGCCCCAAUAAUUUGACCUUCAGCCCUGCCUAGACCAAUGGUAACAAGUUUUUACAUUAUACUAUCAGCACUGAGUAAAUUACCAGCAGAGAGAAUAAUCAAGUUAUCAGGUUAGCCUAACGUGAAUUAGAUCCCAUCAGGCAAUAAGAAACAUUACUUACAUGUUAUCCCCUCCCUGGGAAACAAACUAACGUUAAGCUACGAUUUUGACACGGCACUACAUAUUGAACUUUAUUAAUGCAAACAUGUUUUUUUAUAACAGAUUCUAUUUAACAUGUCUUAAAAUAGCUUUAAACGUUUCUAAAUGAAAAGAGUGUUAAGUCAGAGUAUAAAGUGUAAUUAUUUUUCAUAAUGUGUUCAGCAUCCUGCCAAAAGUCUUUUUUAAUGUGUGUUGUUGAAAUUAGAUAAAUAAAAAAUAUUUUUUUAAAAAAAUUGCUACAUUAAGCUAUGUGUUUUUACUACACAGUAAAGUAGGUGUGUGGUUUUUGUGUGUGUCACAUUUUUUGGGAGAAACUAAAUAAAUUUUUUGCUACAAAUUAUUCAUUUUAAGACAAGCUCCUAAAAGACUUCCUUAUUAAAUCUGUUGGUAAAAUUAGGUGACUAAUUAUGUAUUUUAUAACUAUAUAAAUACAUGUUGCACUGUAAAGUGCACACAUUAUAAUGAAUAGAGAGAUGACUGAAUGUAUAGAUAAAACAUCAAAUGCAAUUUUCAAAUAAAAUACGAAGUUUGCAUUAAUAGUCCAUUCCGAACAGUACUUUAUACAACUGCCCAAUUAUUUAUGGUUCUAUAAAGGAUGUCAACUGAAAUAAAGGCCAAGUAGAUCUCUUGCCAGACGCCUCCUGUGAGGCAACGGGGCACCUGACAGCUUCAAUACGGACACUUGUUUGCUUGGAAUAGUCCCUAGCAAUGCUUCACAAUUUUGCUCAAAAGAACCUUUAUAGAUGGGAACCGUUUGAAAAGUUAACAAGAUGAGGCAGUUUUUGAACAGUAGACUCCAGCUGAGAGACGGUAAAAAAAGAAGAAAUAAUUGUUUUACAGUGCUUCCAAGUUUAGCUGUAGAUUAGAAAAGUAAAAAAACAAAAAAAAACACAUACAACACACACACACACACACAAAAAUAAAAAAAUAAAAUUAGAAGUUUAAGAUUUUAAACUGGGAAGGGUAAGAAUCUGUACAAAACAUUUCCUUAUUUUGAUGUCACUCUCAGGGCAAGUACAGUCUCACGACAAUAGUGUCUUUCUUCACUACCCAGAAUGCUCUUUUAGAAUGUUAACCUUUUUGUCUUUGCGUGCUAGUCCCAGGGAAUUCUCAAGCACAGCACAAAGGGUCUUAUACAUAUACCACUUCUAAGGGUACCCUUAAAAGUCGCCUGUUUUUCCGUGCCUAUAAAAUGCAUACUAAUAUCUAUGAUGAAAACACAAGGGGUACUGUGUUGUUGAAGCUUGAAUGUUGUCACGUUGCUUUUUAAAAAUUGUUUCAAAGUUUCACAGUUUCAAAGCUUCCAUAGACUUCUUGGAAAAGUUUUGUGAAAUGUUCUCAAACUUAUUUUUUUGUUGUUUAAGGCGCUGAAGAAAAUCAAGAAUUUAUACAUAAGGUGAGAUUAAUUCUAAGCAUGAUUCAAAUUAAUUAAUCCUUAAAUUAAUAUAAAAUAUCUCGAUCCAUUGAAUAUGAUUGAUGUGCUUUGUGAUACACUGAACUACAUUGAGACAUAAACCCCCCAAGCAAUUCUUCUAUGAUAAAAACACAGACAUUAGCACUGGACUCAAACUCCCAUUACUUUGGAAUUCAUCAGCUCAAAUGUAUAGCAAAACCAAACCAAGUAAAGUUGCCAGCACGCUGCAGUGGCAGUUGAAGUGGUACUAGAAUUUUCUGUUAUUUACAGGAGCAAUCUAAUUUGAAAAAAUAAAUAUAUAUAUAUAUAUAUAUAUUAUUAUUUUUAUUAGAUGUGUAUCUUAUAUUUAGUAUACUGGUGUAUACCAGUAUAGUGAGAAAAAAUUGUUUGGAAAAUAUCAGUUUGCCGUACUCCCUCCAACUGCCAGACGGGGGAGAGACCGUCCAGAAGACUACCCUGAAAAAGUUUGUGAAAACCCUGGACGUGUUUCGCACCUUCCUUGGUUCUUUCUCAACAAUAAUACCAUACAUCCUAGUUUAGUGAGGAAGCAUUCCGAGAAACCUGUAUAUGUCUCAAAGGUACAGACUCUGUUUACCGUAAUUCCAUCGGCACCAAUGACAACUGGUGCAUGAGAUGAAUGUCUUGAUCGUGUCCCAUCUGAUGCCUUAGCCACCUUGAAGCACCUUUCAGAGCACCAAAAUUGCUCAUUAUAGUCUAGAUCAGUGGUCCCCAGCCCAGUCCUCAUGGACCACCAACAGUCCAGGUUUUGCCAGUAUCUCUAUUUGAAUAAAAAAGGGAAAUAAACAAAUCCUGGUCUGUUGGUGGGCCAUGAGGACUGGGUUGGAGACCACUGGUCUAGAUAAUUGUCAUUCCAAUAUACUGCAGUCUCCCGGGGAAUAUCUCGGUGGGGAAAGCUUUGCUUGCAGAGCACUCAGGUCGCAUGCUAUCAACCCAUGCACAAACCCAUGCAGAUCUCACCGCAGAAUUCAAGCUGAUCACCCCACCUCAGGACAAGAAGGCAUCAACUUCCAGGAAUAUUCACUAAAGUGAGAAUUUCAAGUGAAAUCAAUGUGAAUUUUAAAUUCAAGGUAAAAAUAGUCCAACUGGGAUCAUUCUAUAAGUCAGCUAUGCUUCCAAUUCAGUCAAAAGAUCUGUUUUUUGGAGCAACAGCUCUGAGGGGUGCCUGUAACUGCACUUCCCUGAAUAAAGUGGUAAGGCUUUUUCCCCUUGGGUAUUAUUGUACUUAAUUAAUUUUUAAUCCUGAUCCUGGGGACCUCUGGUAGUGGCAGAAACAACAGAGGGAGAACCUCUGCUUUUAUAGCCAACAUAUUAUUAUGAAUAUCUGCUAGUUAUCUCUUCGACUGGAGACUGCAUCAAGAGAUCAGACAAGAGAUCAGAACAAAAUAUAACUUUUUUGGCUGCUAUUUAUACUUUGGCUCCUUACAUCAAUGUAGAUACGCCAAGACAGCUAGCAAUACCCAAUGGUUUCAUAAUCUAAUGGUAACUAAACCUGAAACUUUGUGUCACUAAAACCCAACUUAGUGGAUCCUACUGCUGACUAGGCAUGUUACAAAACCGCAAUGUAUUUGCAUAAGGUAUGGGCACCAUUUACAAAUAUAAUUAUUUCCUUAAUAUAUUCUUAAUAUAUUCUUAAUAUGUUAUAGCACAAUAUAUUUGCACUUAUAUUUUUAAUAUACUCUUAUAUUUGCUUGCGGCAUUAGAAAAUGCUUAGAACACCUGGGUACAAAUAUAGGUCCUCAAGCGAAGAUUAAAUGAAGACCUAAAAUGUGCUAUUAUAAAUAAAUGUAAUGUAUAAAUAAAUGUAUUUUUGCUUGUAGUCCUUGCUAUUCAAGCAAAGCGUUGACGUUCACAAGAUGAAUAGAUCAAAAGACAAACGGAAACAAUAGGAAGUGAAUUAUUGAUUGACAUGCAAAAUCAAGUUUAUACAGUGGCAUACCAACGCUAAACGAAAAAAAUCGCCUUGGAAUGAAGUUAAUAAAAAGACUUUGUGUUGUGCUUGACCAAACAGGAGCUUUAAAAAAAAAAGUUUGAUUCAACCUUGUGUCUUCAACAAAAACCAAAAACAUGACAUUAUACAAUUAUUCCUGUAAGUUUUCUUGUAAUUGUCCUAUUUAUUGUUACAUCCCCCUCUCAAAAUAUUGUAAAGCGCUACGGAAUCUGCUGGCGCUAUAUAAAUGGCAAUAAUAAUAAUAAUAAUAAUAAUACAAUUAUACAGACAUAAAAUUAGCGUGCGUUUCAACAUUCUCAGUUGCAUUAGUGCAUAAUCCAAAGACACUCUGAUUGCUAAAGUCCUCCCUAACCAUCCAGAGUAUUACACCGGGGUAGGAAACGUUUUGCACUCCAGAUGUUAUGAACUACAUCUCCCAUGAUGCUCUGCCAGAAUUAUGGCUGUAAGAAUAUAAAUGGAAGAUAUAGUCCACAACAUCUGCUAGGGUUGCCUACCGCUGUACUAUUGUGUAAAAAAAAAAAAAAGUGCGCUAUGCCUUUAAAUACUUAAAGAAGUUUACACAUAUGCAUAUUUUGCAUAGAUAUAUAUAUAUACGGUUCAAAAAUAGUGAAGGUGCAGUAUAGUGCACCAACUAAAGUGCUAUAGUAGUGCAGGUUUGUACAAAACAUUUUCACACACUUUGUGCACUCUGUGAUAAAAUUAAUAAAAAUAGAGCACUUACUCCUUUAUAAGUAGAGAAAGGGAUUUAGGCAAUAUAACGUUCCAAAUUUGGAUAAUGUAGUUCAGAACAUAAAUAGGAAAAAAAAAGAGAAACAGGGGGGAAAUAAUAGUGGAACUUUGUGCAAAAAGCUUAUAAUACAAAGAAAAAAUAAUUUUUUUUUUUAUUUUUUUUAUUUUUUUAUUAUUAGACAUAAGACCGGCUAUAGGGUAUCAAUAUCCAACCGAAUGUACCAUCGUAAUCUAUAUCAGCAAAUAUGUUGAGACCUUGGUUCCCCCAUAGUCAUGCCUUCUAAAACUAAACAUAUAAAACAUACAAAACAAUCUACUCCUUCAAACAGUGCACCAAAGCCAUUAGAGAAUAUCUGAUGAACGUUUCUAACUUUAAGGACCAGUUUUAUUUUUUAUACUCUACAUUAUUGGUUAAUGGAAAUACAAAAAGAAAAUUAGGCAACUCGCAAGAGUAGAGCAAAGGUUGGAAGGUUCACAAAGUGUGUGAAAAUAUUUUGUAUAAACCUGCACUAUUAUAGCACUUUAGGUAGUGCACUAUACUGCACCUUCACUAAAAUAUACAUAAGUGUAAACUUUAAGUAUUUAAAGGCUUAGCACACUUUUUUUACCCAAUAUUUUAUCAAGUGUUGUUUGAGCUAUUUUCACUUGUAUUCGUGCUUGCUUACUUUUUUAAUUACUUUGUAAGUAUUGUGAGAAGUUUUUCUAUUAGUGUUAUUGAAUUUACAGCGCCUUUUUUAAUUGAUUUUUUUAUUUUUGUACCCCUGUAAUACACUAUGCAUUAUAAUGCCAAAUGUGCAUCAAUAGUAUGUAUGAACAGCAUGUACAGCAAAACUGCACACCAUCAGUGACAUUUACUGUACUAUGCUCUGGAAUAGCAUCCUGUUCACUCCCUGGAAGGACAAUUUCAUAGCUCCCAAGGCUGGGAGGCCUGCUACCUGAAUGCAAUCUGAUACUAAAUCUGGGGAGUCGGGGGAAGUUUAACUCUUUCAAUGCAGUGAUGCUACAUUAGACAGGUAUUUAUCAUAUAAUUAAUGUAAUAUACAUUACUAUGCCAAUGGGACACCGUAUCAAACAUGUAUACACUCUGCAGCAAUCCUUUCCUCGGUAGCACACAUCAACCGCUAAACAAAAAUGCCACUGCACGCGGCUAGCAUAGUCAAGAAGAAAAUAAUUAUGAUUGUCAACAUAAAAAGAGUGUGCCAGUGUAAAAGGGUGCCUGGAUACCUAAACCGUAUUCUCUUUUGAAAUUUAAAAUUCCAUCUAUACAUUGUCCUAACUUGUAUAGAUUUGGAGUUAGUAAUUUUUUUUUGUCGGCAUAGACUCUAUGCCGAAGAACUGACUGACAAAGGGGAACAAAGAUACCUCCCAAACAGCUCUUUUGCUCUCCACAAUUUGCUAUUGUUAUGGUACAUCCCUAGCGAUGAUGCUACUGUUGGCUAGGGAAUAUGACUGAUGCCAUUCAGUUCAGAUACCUACAUGCUGGCAACAAAGCCAAUGUGACCGCGUCCUAGAAGGUUUUCCCUGCAGGGGAAAAAAUCUCAGACAGGGCAAAUCAAAGAAGAGACCAACAGAGUGCAGGCGGAGUGGUGAUGGUGGGUACAGGAGCGUAACACCAAUGAAAUUAAGGAUAUGGCAUCACUUGAUCAGAGGUAUGGUGAGUGAAUAUCUCUAAACUUUACAUUGAGUACAUCAUAUAUCUCUGUAAUAUAUGAUGUAUUCAGUGCAUUCGGAGACAAUUUAUAUUCACUUUAACGAAACCACAAAAUCCAUUAUAGAGAAAUGGAUUAACUGUCACAUUGAAUGAUAAAUAUAAAAUAUAAAAGUGACUUGUACAAUUCUAGCAAUAAAAUGCCUAGAACUGACUACCAAAAUUCUCUGACUCCACUAUAGAAUAACUGUGUCACUGUUUUCGUCAUUGAUUUUUUGAAAUUCACUACAAUCUAAUGUUUUGUGAAUAGACCUCAGAGGGAUUUUUUUGCUAAGCAAAAUUGUGGUUGAGUUGGAAAACCAAAAUACAUCAUUUAGGCCAAAAUAGUUGUGUUAAAAAAAAUGCCUCAUGAUGGGCAUACUAUAAAUAGUUAUUAACUUUCCUCUUCCUUUUUCCACAAUAAUUUUAUUUUUGCAAAUGUAUACUGUAAACACUUGAAUAGACAUAAAAUACAUUUAUUUUGCUUUGCUUAUUUUAAUUUUGUUAUUUUACCAUUUUAAUUCUAGGAUAGAGAACGCACAAAGAGACAGAUCCCAGAAAAGUUGACUGUAACUACAAUCUUGGUAAGCUGAAAAUUACACUUUCAUUUUAUUCCAACAAAGAAUGCUUAAGGGGAUCUUAUCGUACAUUAUAGUUUUCUUGACAGAAGAAAAAAAAAAUCAAAAUAACUCAGGUUCAUGUACCAAACCGUGAAUUGAAGACCGAGCUGCAAUUUUAUUCGCGACACAAAUUCAAAAAUUCAUUAUUUUAACAUCAUUUUUUUCCUUUUCUAAUUGUUUACUUUUAACUUUUUUCAUAAUUGUUUUGUUGUCAUUUUGUUUUUAAGAUAUCUUUUUAACUUUUUUUGAACUUUUUCUGUAAUUUUUUUUAAAAAGAUAUCUUAAAAAAAAAACUUAAAACAACACUUUAGUGUUAGGAAUACAAAGCUAUAUUGCGAACACUAAAUAUUUCCUCGACACGGUCCAUUGGCGCCGGCUCCCUCUCUGCCUUCUCGGACGUGAGCACUAAGGGGGAAGCUAAUGCACAUUAGGCCUUCCCCAUAGGAAAGUGUGAGGACAUCCAGCAUCGUUUUGCAGAACCGAACUCUGUGAAACAACAGGAAGCACCUCUCGUGGCUAUCUGAUAGACGGCCACUAGAGGCAAUCUUAACCCUGCAAUAUAAGCAUUGACGUUUCUCUAAAACUGCAAUGUUUAACAUUGCUGGGUUAAGGGGACAAUGACAGUGCACCCAGACCACUUCAUCGAGAUGGGGCAAAUGCCCGGUAGGCCGCGAUGGCCAUGGGCCGAGGCCAGCAGGAGAGAUCAAGGGAUCUCCUCUGCCAGCCCAUGCAGGGUAACACCAGCCCAAAGAGGAAGUUCUGUCCCCUCACAGGCCGGUGGAAGGAAGAGUGCACAGGGGCAAAAUGCUCCGUGCACGCAGGGCAAGCAGUCUGUCUUCUUGCGAACGCCGAUAUCAGAGCGUUGCUAUAGUAAUCCAUGGCAACGCUCUGAAAUUCUGGCACUCGCGAGAGACCCCGGCAGGGUACAGACUAAAUAACAUGCCGGCUGGAACACCAGGGAUUACCUUGUGGCGUACCCCUUCUCACUGGAGCACCAGGGAUCUGUCUGCUCCCUCUCCCCCUGCAAGGUAACAAGGGGAAGGGGGAGAAAAUGUUUUUGUUUUUAUUUAGUUUUUUAUUGUUAAAUUACUGUAUGCUAACUAUAUCUACACACCCUCUCAUACACACAAGCACACUAUACAAACUCUAAAUCCAUAUACACACAUCACAGCCCCUGCACUAACACACAAAAACAUACUCUAAACCCAUAUACACACAAACACACUAUACACACUCUAAAUCCAUAUACACACAUCAUAGCCCCUGCACUAACACACAAACACACUAUACACACUCUAAACCCAUAUACACACAUCACAGCCCCUGCACUUACACACAAACACACUAUACACACGCUAAACCCAUAUACACACAAACACACUGUACAUACUCUAAACCCAUAUACACACAUCACAGCCCCUGCACUAACAGGGGCUGUAUAUACACACAAACACACUAUACACACUCUAAACCCAUAUACACACAUCACAUCCCCUGCACUAACACACAAACACACUAUACACACUAUAAACCCAUAUACACAGAUCCCAGCCCCUGCACUAACACACAAACACACUAUACACACUCUAAACCCAUAUACACACAUCACCAGGGCCAGACUGGGGAUACAAAGCAGCCCUGGAAAAAAAUCUAUCCCAGCCCCAUAAGUCAUUGUGCUAUGUAGGGUGUGUAUAUAUAUAUAUACAUAUAUAUAUAUAUAUAUAUAUAUAUUAUUGAUACAUUUCUUAUUCUAAUUCAAAAUAUUAGUCCUUUCAGGGUAAUUAAAUUAUAGAGUAAAGCAUACUCACACACACACACAGACAAGGUUACUGGCACACACACAAAUUUAGUACAGACAAAAACUGAUACACACACAAGCUUACUACAAACAAGCUCACUGUCGCACACACACGCUCACUACAGACAAACUUACUGAUGCGCACAUACUGUCCCUACAGACAAGCCCAUUGACACACACAUGCUCCCUACAGAAGAGCUCACUAACACACAGAUUCACUACAGACAAGCUCACUGACAUACACAUGCUCACUACAGACAAGCUCACUGAAACACAUAUGGUCACUACAGACAAGCUGACGAUCACACACAUGCUUACUACAGACAAGCUCACUGUACACACAUGCUCAUCACAGACAGGCUCCGACACACGCAUGCUCCUUACAGAUAAGCUCACUAACACGCACACACACAUAUGAUCCCUAGAGACAAGCUCAUUGACACACACACACAAACUCACUAGCAGGCGCACACACACAGAGGCUCCCACACUAGCAGAUGCGUGCGCACACACACACAGAAGCUCGCUCUCUCACUAGCAGAUGCACACACACAAAGACAUCCACACACAAAGAGGCAGACAGUCACUGACACCGAGGCAGACAUCCACUCACACAGAGACAGGCAGACAGUCACACACUCACACACACACAGGCAGACAGUCUCACACACACAGGAAGGCAGACAGUCACACACACACACACACACACAGGCAGACAGUCACACACACAGGCAGACAGUCACACACACAGACAGUCACAAACACAGGCAGUCACACACUUACACACACACAUACAGGCAGAUAGUCACACACUCACACACACAGGCAGACAGUCACACACACAUAGUCAACAAGAGGACAUAGUCUUAAAUUAGAGGGACAAAGGUUUAAAAAUAAUAUCAGGAAGUAUUACUUUACUGAGAGGGUAGUGGAUGCAUGGAAUAGCCUUCCAGCUGAAGUGGUAGAGGUUAACACAGUAAAAGGAGUUUAAGCAUGCGUGGGAUAGGCAUAAGGCUAUCCUAACUAUAAGAUAAGACUAGGGACUAAUGAAAGUAUUUAGAAAAUUGGGCAGACUAGAUGGGCCGAAUGGUUCUUAUCUGCCGUCACAUUCUAUGUUUCUACAUGAAGGCAGACAGUGACACACGCACAGAGGCAGACAGUCACACACACAUGAAGGCAGACAGUCACACACACAUGCAGACAGUCAGGAGGCAGACAGUCACACACGCACACAGGCAGACAGUCACACACGCACACACACGGGCAGACAGUCACACACACACACGGACAGACAGUCACACACACACAGGCAGACAGUCACACACAUGCCGACAGUCACACACACAGGCAGACAGUCACACACACACGCGCAAGGCUUUUUUUUUUUUUAAUGAUCCCAGCCGGCCAUGUGUGAGGUGUGCCGGCCGCCUGGCUCCACCUGCUCCCAUGGGACCCUGUGCAAUCGCACAGCUCACACAUGGCCGGCCGGGAUUACAGGAGCCUGAUUAGGGCUGUCAGCCCAGCCCCAGGUGCCGCGGCCCACCGGGAAAUUUCCCGGUAUAUCGGUGGGCCAGUCCAGCCAUCCACAUCACAGCCCCUGCACUAGCACACAAACACACUCUAAACCCAUAUACACACAUCACAGCUCCUGCACUAAAACACAAACACACUCUAAAACCAUAUCCACACAUCACAGCCCCUGCACUAACACACAAACACACUAUACACACUCUAAAACCAUAUACACAAAUCACAGCCCCUGCACAAACACACUCUAAAACCAUAUACACACAUCACAGCCCCUGCACUAACACACAAACACACUAUACACACUCUAAAACCAUAUACACACACCACAGCCCCUGCACUAACACACAAACACACUAUACACAUUCUAAAACUAUAUACACACAUCACAGUCCCUGCACUAACACACAAACACACUAUAAACACUCUAAAACCAAAUACACACAUCACAGCCCCUGCAUUAACACACAAACACUCUAACCCAUAUACACACAAACACACUAUACACACUCUAAACCCAUAUACACACAUCACAGCCCCUGCACUAACACACAAACACUCUAAACCCAUAUACACACACAAACACACUGUCCACACUCUAAACCCAUAUACACACAUCACAGCCUCUACACUAAAACACAAACACACUAUACACACUAUAAACCCAUAUACACACAUCCCAGCCCCUGCACUAACACACAAACACACUCUAAACCCAUAUACACAUAUCACAGCCCCUGCACUACCACAUGCACACUUUAUAUCCUUAUAGUCACACUACACCCCCUGCACUAACACAAAAAUACACUACACACACUCUGUACCCCUAUAUACACACACUGCAGCCCCUGCACUAACACACACACACACACUUUCUACCCAUAUAUAUGCACACUACAGCAUCUGCAUUAACACACAAGCACACUACAUACUUUCUAUACCUUUAUAUACACACUACAGCCCCUGCACUAACACAAAAAUACUUCACACAUUCUAUAUCCCUAUAUGUACACUACACCACUCACACAAACACACUGCAUUUCUGACACUCACAUAUACACAUACAUACGCACUAAACACUAGUCACACAUAGUAUGCCACACAGACGCCUUUACACACACACACACACAAAACAACACAAACAGUCUGCUCUAUACACAUGCAAUCUCAAAAGCAACCUUCAAACAUAUUCAACACCACAGGGAGCAUCUCCACACAUGCACAGCACACUUUGAUAGCCAUGUUCCUCUUUUUUUUUCUCUGGUAUCCCGCUAUUGAGAACCCCAGAGACAAGUCACCAGCAAAGGCAGUGCAUGAUUACAUUGCACAACGCCCCCCAAAAAACAGGACAUUUACUUCACCCAAGACCACUGGAUGCUCUAGAUAGGCAUCACACUAACAUACUCAUUUUGAGUGGCGAAAGGGGGGCAUGCUUGUCAAUGGUGAUGACAAAUCAUGCCCCCUUUCUGGCCUCACCCCUCCUAGUGGGCUGCUCUGUCUUUAAGUGCCUGGGCCAAAUUUUUGGCCCAGUCCAGCACUGGCCUGUAGUGUCCUUUUAACUAAAAGAAAACAAAUCUAAUAAUAAGGUGGAACAUUAAAAUCAUGACAGCUUUUGCCUCUCUUUUCCAAAUAUAUCAGUGGGAAGCAGGCUUCCCAGCAGUUCCAAUUGCAGCUUGAGAGUCCCUAUUUUGGUGUCCUUUCCUGACAUCCCAAUUUUGUUCCAGGGAAUUGUCUCUGGCAGCACAGCACAAGUUCAUCAUUUAAUAUAGUUGUGCUAUGAAUGGGUCCUAGGUCAGAGACCAGCUAGCCAGUCCCCUCCAGUGGGUGGGGAUAAAUUCUGUGCAAAUGCUUCCAUAGCAGCGGGUCCACACGGAGGACAAAAAUACCAGACUUAAUCUUGUUAGUUAAGAUACGUCCUUUAUUGAACAGGAUGUACUAAAAAUACAUAGAAGGAAUGUAUGUGUCUCUCUUUUCCCUGUUUUGCAUGUAUUUACUUAGGAAUGAGCUACACUGUUUGGAGUUAAUACUUUGAAUAUAUCUUUAAUUUAUAGGAACAGCCCUUCGCGAUGAUGAGUAGCUCGGAGAUGGAAGGAUUCUGUGUAGACUUGCUUUCUGAACUCUCACAGUCUUUGGGAUUUAAUUACACAAUUAAUGUAGUAAAAGAUGGACGAUACGGAGUUAGAGACCCAGACGGAAACUGGAAUGGAAUGGUUGGAGAGAUUAUUAGAAAGGUAAAGUUUGUUACCAAGAGUCACUGUUAUCUCCUUCUCACCAUUAUGAAAGUGCAUUGAAUAUUAAUUUGAAACAAUAUAUAUUCUUUAAAUUUGCAUUUGCUGCCAAUUAGUGAUGUCCCGAACGGUUCGCCACGGACGGCGAACAUAUACGCUGUUCGGUCCGCCCCCUAUGUCAUCAUUGAGUAAACUUUGACCCUAUGCCUCACAGUCAGCAGACACAUUCCAGCCAAUCAGCAGCAGACCCUCCCCCCCAGACCCUCCGACCUCCUGGACAGCAUCCAUUUUACAUUCAUUGUGAAGCUGCAUUCUUAGUGAGCUGUCCAGGAGGUGGGAGGGUCUGCUGCUGAUUGGCUGGAAUGUGUCUGCUGACUGUGAGGUACAGGGUCAAAGUUUACUCAAUGAUGACGAAUAGGGGGCGGACCGAACAGCGCAUAUGUUCGCUGUCCACGGCGAACCGUUCGGGACAUCACUACUGCCAAUCUAUAAGUUCUACAACUUCUGUGCAGUGAGCACUCACUGAGCCAGGAAGUGGCAGAGCCAAUCAGGAAGAUCUCAUUCUCAACAUAUCACAUAAACACCUAUGCACUAGGGUUCUUUGAGAUAUGUAGAUCACUGCCUGACAUCAAAUCCAUUUAUCACAAGUAAUGAAAGGAAAUGGUGUAUAAACUGCAAUUUGCUAAAUUAUGCAUGAUUAAGGCUACAGCCGAAACGUUGCACUAGUGAUUGAUGUUGUUCUAUGUUCUCUGGCUCUGAAUAGAGACAGCCUUUUAAUUGCAUUAUCCACUGUGUUGCCCUCCAAAUUUGUUCUUUGCAAAUUCGCUUGUUGGGAAUUUGCGGCUUUUCCCUAUUAGGGGAGCACUGGGGAGCAAAAGGUGAAUGCUGAAGCUGUUGGGCUGUUUGACCUAAUUGUGACAAUGAUGCUGAUUGUUACAUUUUGUAUGUGAGGUUGUCAGUCAAUGAUGUUGUCUCUGUAUGUGUGUGUGUCAGUGAGAAUGUCUGUCAGUAAGCGUGUGUGUGUGUCAAUGAGCUUGCCUGUGUGUAUCGUGAGUGAGAUUGUCAUUCAAUGAUCUUGUCUGUGUGUCAUUGAGAUUGUCCGUCAGUGAGUUUGUGUGUUUGUCAAUGAGGUUGCAUGCAUAUUCAUAUGUAAAAUAAAUAUAUAUGUUACAGUGCAAUUAAAGAAUUAAUCCAAGCAGUAUACACACUAAAGCCUGCUGUAGUGGUUAUGACCCCAGGAGUUUCCUAGUUCAAUUCACUUGUAAAGGGGCAAACUGUUUUACAAAGGUUUGCCACUUACAUGGGUCCCUCCGGGCAUCAAACCUCAAAUGAUAGUGGCUAAGCAUUCUCUGCCAAUGAAUCUCCAUGGAAGCCUUGUGAACAGAAUUCACAUUGGCAAGCCCAGAGCCCUCGUUCCAUACUGUGUAAUGAAAGCUGUCAGAGAUGGAGUUACACCUUCGGCAGCAAUAUAAAAUAUUGCAGUAUGUGCAGCGUUUAUUGAUAAAAUGCUGUACACAUGGGGUUCAUGUACCAUGACCACUUAUAAAUAAUGAAAUGAUCAUGGUACUUAGGAUAACACUUUGAGUAAUUUUCCAGUACACCCUCUCUUCCCGAGAUAGGGUUCUGGAUUCACUGGUAUCAGGAUAUGUACCUCAUACAAAUAUUUCCAUGGGCAGAGAAGAACACAUCUUUUCUCAUUUACAGUUAUUUAAAGGGCAGAAUUAUAGCUGCAACAAUAUGGCACUGUGUACAAGGAGACUGAAACAGGAGUCCUCUGUGUUCCAUCAUUUAAAGGGUGCUCGGAGUGUCCCUUUAAGGUAUUUAAUUUCCUGUUGGAAUAAAGAGAGUGGUAAUGGUCAGACAGCAAUGCCAGUAUUUUGUUUCUGUCCACAACAGCCCCCUUGUUGCUCAUUUUCAUUGAUGUCAAGAGAAUUACCAGUUAAUUCAUAACAUUUAAUAUUAAAGGACCACUCUAGGCACCCAGACCACUUCAGCUUAAUGAAGUGGUCUGGGUGCCAGGUCCAGCUAGGGUUAACCCAUUUUUUCAUAAACAGUUAUUGUGAAUGGGUUAAGCCUUCCCCUAUUUCCUCUAGUGGCUGUCUCAUUGACAGCCGCUAGAGGCGCUUGCGUGCUUCUCACUGUGAUUUUCACAGUGAGAGCACGCCAGCGUCCAUAGGAAAGCAUUAUGAAUGCUUUCCUAUGUGACCGGCUGAAUGCGCGCGCAGCUCUUGCCGCACGUGCGCAUUCAGCAGCAUGGGAGGAGAAGAGGAGGAUCGGAGGAGGAGAGCUCCCCGCCCAGCGCUGGAAAAGGGUAAGUUUUAACCCCUUUACAGAGCCGGGCAGGAGGGGGACCCUGAGGGUGGGGGCACCCUCAGGGCACUAUAAUGCCAGGAAAACAAGUAUGUUUUCCUGGCACUAUAGUGGUCCUUUAACUUGGACUUAACCUUCUGCUAAAACCAUUCUUCAAUCCACCCGUCUACUGACCAGGAUCAGAUUGCCAGUUGCAAAAUUGUUAUUAUUAUUAUUUUUAUAUAGCACCAUCAAAUUCCGCAGCAGUUUACAAUGGGUGGACGGACAGACAUGUAGUUGUAACCAGAUAAGCUGGACACACAGAGGUGUUGAGGGCCCUGCUUAAUGAGCUUACAUGCUAGAGGGAGUCGGGUAAAAUGACACAAAAAGGUAAGGAUAGUAUUAGACUAGUGACAGUUGCAGAAGAGGAAUCAGUCAGGAGCUAUUAACAGUUUAAUUGAUACGCUUUUAUGAAGAAGUGGGUUUUUAAUGAUUUUUUGAAGGAAUGGAGACUGGGUGAGCAUCUAACGGAGGAGGGAAGCGAGUUCCACAGGAACGGUGCAGCCCUUGAGAAAUCUUGAAGGCGAGCAUCAGAGGUGGGAGUAUGGACAGAAGAUAGACGUAAGUCUUCAGCAGAUCGUAAGGGCCUAGACGGGACAUACUUCUGUAUAAGGGAGGAUAGAUAGGUGGGAGCAGCAUUAUGUAGAGAUUUGAAAGCAAGAAACAGAAUUUUAAAUUGAGCUCUAUAUUUUAUAGGAAGCCAAUGUAGGGACUUACAGAAGGGUGAGGCAUGGGAGGUGCGGGCGGACAGGAAGAUGAGCCUCGCUGCCGCAUUCAUUAUGGACUGUAACGGCACAAGUUGGGAGCACGUAAGACCACUGAGAAGCGGAUUACAGUAGUCAAGGCGAGAAAGGACAGUGGAAAAUCUUGAAUUCAUAUGUAAAAAAAAUAUAAAAAAUGGAGUAUCAUAUUACAUAAAGACUAACGCAGUUAUAGGUGAUUUUCAAUGUUUUAUUCAAUGGUGUGAUGUUGUUAAAUAAAAUCCAGAGAUGCGUGGGUUCACUUAAACGUGAGAGCUAUAGGGGGUGCAUCAUUAUCACAUAGAACCUAACACUGGUCUUUUGCGAAGUUUUAAUGACUAACCUCGUACUUUGUCAGUAUAUUGUGACAUGUUACAUAUCUUUUUUUGUAUAUCCUUAGGAAGCCGAUUUGGUUGUAGCUCCUUUAACAAUCACCUCUGCUAGAGAAAAAGAGAUAUCUUUCACCAAACCCUUCUUACAAACUGGAAUCAGUAUACUGCUGAGGAAGGAAGCAUCUUCGGAGAGCUCAAACUUCUUUGGAUUCUUAAACCCCUUCAGCAGAGAGACAUGGAUUGGGAUAGUGACUGCAUACAUUAUCACCUGCCUCUGUCUAUUCCUUGUUGGCAGGUAAGAUAAACAUCUCAUACGUCAACAUCCACAGUCAGAUCAAACCAUUUCACCAACUGUAAACUCUUUGUUAGAUCUAUUUAUCUAGUAUUGUGUGCUAACAAAUAUUAUGUAUAUAUGCAAUCUUCUUAAACAUUCUUUAAUUGGACUGUGUAGCUAUGUCUUUUCACGAAUGUGCAUGUUAUCGCACAGGGCCAUGUUAACCUUAUGCUCUGUUUACACUCAUUUUACGAUCUCUCUGUAUGAAUCCAGAAUAUCAAAGAACCGUUUAUUAUCCCCCAAAAUGAAAUGUGUUAUCAAAGGUUAAAAGAACACUAUAGGCACAAUAACCGCAUCAACACAUAUAAUGCCUGGAGUCCAUGGGCCGUGGGUCCGACGUCUUAGUUUACGCACCAUUUAGUAGAGAUUCUCUGUCCUCAGCAGCCUAAAACCCAGCCCACAAUGACAAAAUGGGGGAGGCAGAGCAAAGCUCCAUUUAACACCAUUUCAGGUGUAGCCGGCAAUGUUUGGCUGAGAGAAUAAGGUGAGAGCUCUAAGCCUUUCGCUGCACCAAUUGCUGGUAUGACUUUGUAUGUUGUGAGGCUUCAGGCUGCCGAGCAGUGAAAAUCUAACUAAAGAUUAAAGGGACAUUAUAGUCACUAGAACAACAACAGCUUAAUGUAGUUAUUCUGGUGUGCAUAGUCAGUCCCUGCAGGCUUUUUGCAGUAAACACUGUGUUUUCAUAGAAAAGGCAGUGGUUACUUAAAGCCUAGGGACACCUCCAGUGGUCACUCCUCAGAGGGACACCUCCAGUGGUCACUCCUCAGAGGGCCACUGGAGGUGCUUCCUGGGGCAAUGCUGCACAGCGUGCAGCUCAAACAUUUAGCAUCUCCACACUCUACAUUGAGUGAAUGCAUCUCUAUGAGGAGAUGCUGAUUGGCCAGGGUGGUGUUUGGCCCCACCCUGCUUCUUUCCCUGUGGUCAAACUAUUAGACUGGCUGAGAUCAUCAAUUUUGCUGAUGUCAGCCAAAGAGAUGGAUCGGCACAGGGCCAGUGCCUGCAGACCCGUGGAGAGCUUAAAAUAAGGUAAGUUUUAACCCUUUCUAAGGGAGCACAGCGGGGGAUAAGCCACCUAAAUGGUGGUAUUAACACUAUAGGGUCAGGAAUACAGCUUUGUGCUCCUGACCCUAUAGUGUUCCUUUAAGUAAACCAUUUAGAAUUGAUGCAGGACCCAAACCCCCUCCUUCCCCACCUUGUAGUCAAUGCACCAUAACAACUAGCAUUCCUUGGCGUGGUUAUGGUGUCUAAACCGUUCCUAUAACUAGAUGAAGAUGUAUUGAAAGUAUUCAUUAAUUAGUACUUUUUUUUGUAGGUUAAGUCCUUGUGAAUGGGCCGACACUUCCAGUGAACAAAACCAGUUUACCUUUUUAAAUAGUCUUUGGUUUGGAAUCGGAGCUUUCACUUUGCAAGGUAAGAGAGUGCAAGCCUCGAAGCCGAUCUCUUGCUGCAUGUCAGAAGUCAGUAGAAGAUGCUGAUCUAUUUAUACACAAAUCCAGUGAUAGCACUGUUCUAAAAGGAAACAUGAUAUAAAAGAAUCCAUUCAGACAGCAUAUUCGCUCAUGUAUGUAACAUUUGUCCUCUGGUUUCAUAAUGUUGUACUUAUUGAAUUAUGGAAAUAAACCAACUGACACUGUGAGAGAUAUCUAAAUUCAACUUAUAACAAAACCUAUUAUCAUUUAUAAAUAUGGACUAGUGUCCUCCCCGUUCAAUAUAAAUAGGAGCUCCAGCUCCUAUCCCCCGCUAGCCAGUGAUGGGGGCACAGGAGCACUGCUCAAAAAGGCACAUUUUUAGUGAGGUAAACAGGCGCCCCCUAGUGAACAGGUGCCUACUCUGCCUAAUGGGAAAUUGGCCCUGAGUAUAUGGAGUUAUGCACCAAAUAAACACUAGCCUGCAUAUUAAGAAAAUAAACAUUUGAUGCUUGGAAAUUAUGCUGUUGCUGUGUACAUCAAGUAAUGGUAAUUUUUAAGUCAGAGACAAUUGAUAAAAAUGUAUCAAGCUUGCCUAUUUCUGACCCGCAUUUCAAAUACCCUGGUAAAUUCCCCAAAAUGUAAUCAUGAUCUACUGCGAGUCGCUUUGAUAAUUAAGUCAUGUAGAACCAACACCAAAUUAUCUUAUCAAUGCAGACUAAUUUUAAGUAGAUUCGCUCAAAGUUAAAAUCAAAAGAGAUUUAUUUUAAUCACUGUCAGCUCCAUAAUAAACUCUUAACGCUCCUAUUAUUUUGAGAUCUGAGAAAAGACAGACAAAAGAAUACAGAGCUAUGACAAUAUAUCCUAGUACUCUUAUAUAAUGGAUCUUUCUGUACAUAUACAUUUUUGUUGCUGCUACUCAAUGUCAACACAUUAAUAUGUUCAUCCACUACAGGUGCCCAGCCUCAUCCAAAAGCUGUUUCGGCCAGAAUAAUAGCCGUUAUUUGGUGGGUGUUCUCCAUAACCCUGUUGGCUGCUUAUAUCGCCAGCUUUGCAGCAUUUUUAAACGUAGGAACAGAACAAACGACACAUAUUCAAACCUUCGAAGAUCUGGUCAAACAAAGAAAACUUGAGUUUGGAACAAUCAACAGCUCCUCCACGUUCCAGUUCUUUAAGGUCUAUGUAUAAAAAAAAAAAGUUUUUGAAUUGAAUUUUGAGCAAUGAAUUUACUUUUUGUAAAUCAACAUGAUCAAACAUCCAAUUAGCAAAUGAGGAAUACCUAUGUGCAUCCUUGAAAACAAUUGUCUGGCGAAUGAAAACAUGCCUUGUGAAUCUGUGAUUUACCCUAUAUGUUGAUGUCCAAGACUUGGGUUUAGUGAGACACAUUGUAACUAGAUGCAUAUAUAUUGUAGAAUUGCUUUGGUGGGGAAGGUCAAGUAGUAUGUCCUAUAACUCAAAGGAAAACUGUAGAAUAAUGCACUUUUUACAUUAGAACAAUAUUUAAAUAUGUAUACUUUUUAGAUUUCGAAACCUAGACAGGUUUGAAGAUUUUGUUCAAAAGUUAUUUAUUUUUGUAUAUUAACAAAGAGGAAACCGUCAUUUUGCUCCGGAAGGUCCGGGAGCUGAAUCAGAACUGGAAAAAUUCUCGUAGACAGCUGCUUUCACUUCAGCUAGUCCGGUUUCAAUUUUAAAUUCACUAUGAAUUCUCACUUUAGUGAACAAACCGUACUGCAUUUUGAAGGAACACUCAAAGCCCAUCACAAUGUCCGGUAAUUAAAGUUGUUCCAAAGCAGGAGGGUCGGGGUGCCAUCUUACCUUCAUAAGUUAACCCAGUAUUGGAAUGGUUUAACUAUGAAUUUGGGGCUCUGGCGCUCCCUGGCUUCGUCCCUCUUUACACUUCAGGAAGGUUUAGCCAAGUGGCCAGUGAUAGGCUGAGAGGGUCAGUUGUCACAAGAAGUCUCCGGUCACUAUCGCUUACAGAAAUUUGUUUUAAGUGAUGUCACUACUAAAGGCACACAAUAAGAAUUACACCUCUUGUAUCUAAUGUAAAUGUAUUUAUUUUAAAAUGUGCUACUUUGUAAAGUCCUAACAUUUCAAUGAUUACUUGUAAUGCUAGCUCUCCAUUAACAAUACAUGAGAAAAAAAAAUAAAAAUAAAACAAUCUAACGUGAACCACUUUUCAUUUUAUUUUUCCGUUACAGAAUUCUAAGAAUCCAACCUACCAAAUGAUUUAUGAGCAGAUGGAAAAAAAGAAGGAUUGGGUUCUAGUAAAAUCUUUCUCUGAAGGAGUUCGACGAGUAAGGGAAAGUAAUUACGCCUUCCUGGGAGAAUCCAUUAUGCAGGACCUUGUUGCGGCCAGACACUGCGAUCUUGCCCGUGCCCCAGAAGUGAUCAGUGGCAGAGGAUAUGGCAUUGCUGCAACACUGGGUAUGUCUACUGCUCUUUUAAAAAGUUACAUCGGGCUAGUUGGUAAAUAUAAUAUAUAUUACUUUGAAAGUACGACUCUGCUAAAAAGAGAAACGGGCAAGGAGCAAUUGAAGGACCACUAUAGGCACCCAGACCACUUCAGCUAAAUGAAGAGGUCUGGGCGCCAGGGCCAUCUAGGUUUAACCCUUUUUGCUGUAAACAUAGCAGUUUCAGAGAAACUGCUAUGUUUACAUUAGGGUUAAUCCAGCCUCUAGUGGCUGUCUCAUUGACAGUCGCUAGAGGUGCUUCCGCGCUUCUCACUGUGAUUUUCACAGUGAGAAGACGCCAGCGUCCAUAGGAAAGCAUUCAAAAUGCUUUCCUAUGUACUGGCUGAAUGCACGCGUGGCUCUUGCCGCACAUGCGCAUUCAGCCGAUGGCGGCGAAAAGGAGGAGGAAAGUUCCCAGCGCCGAGGGAGCCCGGCGGGAGGGGGGCUCAGAGGGUGGUGGAAACCUAGAGACCCUAUAGUGCCAGGAAAACAAGUAUGUUUUCCUGGCACUAUAGUGGUGCUUUAAGCAUAAUUCUUGCUACUACAAAACAGCAGAAGUUGCUGGGCAUUCUAUAGGGAUUUGGAGAGAUAUAAAGGGAGGCCGUGAAAUAAGUCUGGUAGAAAGGGAGAGCAGGGGUAAGGCUUAUGCACAUGGAAAGGCAUUUGUCUUACUUACUAAAUCAGAAAAUGUGGAGAAUUGACAAGGAAAUUGCACAUUAUGCAAAGUAAAUGGCUUAGGGAAAAAAGUUGGAGAAAAAAUAAAAAAAAAGGUUGGAGUUGGAUAACGGUUAGCCUGAAAUUUGCAAUACUCUAGGAAAUUCUACACAACCUUGAUGGUAGAAGAAAAAAUGCAAGAUGAAGUUGAAAAGGCAACUUGAGACAAAUAGUAGUGAAAGAAAAAAUAUAAAUAUUGCUCAAUUGUAUAUUUAAAUUUACAAUGAAAAAAUGCUCACGAAUGAUGCGAGAUAGUGAUUUGUUGAAAGAAAUAGACUGAUCAGCCACAACAUUGAAACCACUGACAGGUGAAGUGAAAAACUUUGAUUAUGUUAUUACAAUGGCACAAUCAAGGGAUGGGGUAUAUUAGCCAGCAAGUGAACAGUCAGUUCCUGAGUUCCAUGUGUUGAGAUCAGGAAAAUGGGCAAGUGAAAAGAUCUGAGUGACUUUGACAAGGGCCCAAUAGUGAUGGCAAGUCUUCUGGAGUGUUCCCAGUAUGCAGUGAAUAGUAACUACCAAAAGAUGUGCAAGGAUGAACAACCGGUGAACCAGCAUCAAGGUCAUGAAUGCCAAAUGCUUAUUGAUGCGCUUGGAGAGCAUGGGCUAGCCCGCCUGGUCCAAUCACACAGAAUAGUUACUGUAGCUCAAAUUGCUGAAAAACAUAAUGCUGGGCAUGAAAACAUGGCAGAACACACAGUGCAUCACAGUUUCUUGAUAUUGGGGCCGCGCAGCCGCAGACCGGUCAGAGUGACCAUUAUGACCCGUCCACUGCCAAAAGAGCUCUGUGGACGUGCGUGUCAUAACUGGACCAUGGAGCAAUGGAAUAAGGUUGCUUGGUCUGAUAAAUCACGUUUGCUUUUAGAUCAAGUGGGUUCCUGGGUGCGUGUGCUUGGUCUACCUGAGGAAGACACGGCAGCAGAAUGCUCUACUGGAAGAAAGCAGGCCAGCAAAAGCAGUGUUAUGCUCUGGGCAAUGUUCUGCUGAAAACCCUUGGGUCCUGGCAUUCAUAAGGAUGUUAGACAUGUAUCACCUACCUAGAUAUUGUUGCAGACCACAUACACUACUUAAUUUCACUGGUGUUACCUGAUGACAGUGACCUCUUCCAGUAGGAUAAUGCACUCUGCAAAAAAAUGUUCAUGACAAAGUGUUCAAGAUAAUACUUUAGUCUCUAAAUUCCCCAGCUCUUAAACUGAUUGAAACAUAGAAACAUAGAAUGUGACGGCAGAUAAGAACCAUUCGGCCCAUCUAGUCUGCCCAAUUUUCUAAAUACUUUCAUUAGUCCCUAGUCUUAUCUUAUAGUUAGGAUAGCCUUAUGCCUAUCCCACGCAUGCUUAAACUCCUUUACUGUGUUAACCUCUACCACUUCAGCUGGAAGGCUAUUCCAUGCAUCCACUACCCUCUCAGUAAAGUAAUACUUCCUGAUAUUAUUUUUAAACCUUUGUACCUCUAAUUUAAGACUAUGUCCUCUUGUUGUGGUAGUUUUUCUUCUUUUAAAUAUAGUCUCCCCCUUUACUGUGUUGAUUCCCUUUAUAUAUUUAAAUGUUUCUAUCAUAUCCCCCCUGUCUCGUCUUUCCUCCAAGCUAAACAUGUUAAGAUCGUUUAACCUUUCCUGGUAAGUUUUAUCCCGCAAUCCAUGAACCAGUUUAGUAUCUGUAGGAACAACAAAUGCGAUCCAUGGAGGCCCCACCAAGCAAUUUGCAGGACUUGAAGGAUCUGCUGCUAAUGUCUUGGUUCCAGAUACCACAGGAUAAGCUCUGAGAUCUUGUGGAGUCCAUGCAUCGACCCAUCAGAGCGGUUUUGGCAGCACGAGGGGGACCUACACAAUAUUAGACAUGUGGUUUCAAUGUUGUAGCUGAUCGGUGUAUAUUGCUUACUGAAUAAUCCUAUAGAUAUACAUUAUUUUUUCAAUUUAGAAAAAAAAUCUAGAUCUAAGGUUAUUGGAAUAUUAUUUUCCAUAGAUGUUAGCUAUUAAUACAUGCAUGUCUGUGUAAUUUGUUAAAUUAUUUUUGUGUUAUAGAUUCUCCACUCAUCAAACCUCUGUCUAUUGCCAUAUUGGAACAAAUUGAAUCUGGCAACAUAGAUUACCUCCGUGAAAAGUGGUGGGAAAACAGCUGUCCAACAAAAGGCAGUUCUGGAUGGACCCCAGUUCAACCACACACCUUAGGUGGAAUCUUUCUUAUACUGGGCAUUGGCUUGGCUUUAGGUCUAAUUGUGUCUUUGAUUGAACUGAUGUGCAAAGCAAAGAACAAUGCAGAUCUGCAGCAGGUAAGCAGCACUGUUUCUGGGCAAUGUUCUGCUGGAAAACCUUGUGUCUUGGCCUUUACGCAGAUGUUACUUUGACACAUACCAUCUAUCUAGAGAUGGUUACAAAUCACGUACACCCCUUCAUGGCAUUGGUGUACCCGGAUAGCAGUGGCCUCUUUCAGUAGGAUAAUGCACGUGGCCACACUGUAAAUAUUAUUCAGGAAUAUGCUGGAGUGAUCCAAUUGAGCAUCAUUGGGAUGUACUGGAACAAUAAAUCCAAUCCACAAAGACCCUAUCUCACAACUUGCAGGAUUUAAAGGAUAUCCUGCUAAUGUCUUAGUGCCAGAUACCACAGGACAUGUUCAGAAGUCUUGUGGAGUCAAUGCCUAGAUGCAUCUGAGCUGUUUUGGCAGCACAAGAGGGACCUAUAUAAAAUAGGCAGGUGUUUCUAAUGUUGUAGUUAAUGUGUGCAUAUAUUUUGUUGCAAGAUUAAAGACAUGGACUCUCCUCAGUCAUGUCAAUCCAUUCUCAGCACAGAGGUCUACACCAACAAGUAGGAGACAGGGGAAAGAAGAAGGACCCUCCUCCAGUUGCUUGUGCUUUCUGGAGGAGUAUAAGAAUCGAGUGGUCUAUUUCAAUGUCCACAAAGCCAUGACAGAUUUACUUUGAAUUAUUACAUUUGCCAUAGUAGAAAUAAGAUAAGAACAUUUUUUUAAAUGCUGGUCUUUUUCUCUCUGUCUUUUUUCAUGUUAACAUAGAUUUAGUCAUACUGAUAACUGAUUGCUAACACUCCAGGUAGCAUAAACACUACAGCAUACUUUAGUGGUUGUUGUGCCAGAAAUGCCGUUUGGUAUAGGUUUGACUUCUUACCUGGAGUCUGUUAGGUACAUCUCUAUACCUAGUCUUUGCCAAAAGCUCUCUUCAUUUAGCUAAGUCCAUCUGUGCAGGAAUCAGCUUAUUGGCUAAGAGGCUCUCAGCUGGUGUGCCAGCCCUGCACUGCUUAGCUAACCAUGAGCUUCCAGCUCUUCUCUGAGCAGCACCUGGCAGAUCCCAGGGAACAUGUCAAAUCUACUAAAUGGUUUGACUACUUACAUGGAGAGGCAUCAGGGCACUCAUGACACCAUUUUCACUAUAGCAUGCUGUAGUGGUUAUGGUGGUUAUAGUGUUCCUUUAUUCAGCAUUUAAAUGUAUUUUAGCUCUUUUCUGAAACGCUUACCAUUUUUGAUUUCUAUCUUUUUCAGAAGUCCUGUUGCUCUGCUUUCUCUGAGGAAAUAAGUAAAAGGAUUGGAGCAAGAAAAGAAGCCCAGGAGAAUUCAGAAAAAGUUAAACCCUAAGCAGCUUUCAUGUGGAUAACCCCCCCUACACACACUUAAACAUUUUCAGCUGCAGCUUACAUUUUAUGCUUGCAUGUACGAGAGUAUUGUUCUUUUAAGAUGAACGGUACAUAAAUGUUACUGUGCUAUUCUUUGCAAGUAGUUUGUAUAAUUGGAGGAUGCAGAAAAAAAAUAAGAUUUUAACAUUUUGCCCUAUGCAGGGACUCGUUUAGUAGCAUAUAACAAAAAAUUCUCUGCGCCAGCUCACAAUCACUGCCAUUAUAUACAUAAUCGUGUUACCUAGUUCUCUUGUAAAAUAGUAACCAACUAUGUGUUAUGAUCUAAAAAGUCCUGGGGAAAUAUUGAAAGCGCCAAUUUAAUUUUCAGAACAUCAGAUGCAUCACAUAAGAUCUUAAUAGUCCUUUAAGGAUUUAAUUAGACCAACUUGCUAAAAAGAAAUGAAUUUGCUAUUCAAUAAACUCCCUUUGUAGGGCAUUGAAAUCUGAGUUGCAAAAUGAAGUAUUGAAAAUCCAAGCAAUGACAAUGGCUUAACUUGUAGAAUGUUUUCAAAUUAGCUAUUUUUGCCUACAUUUUGGAAUUAGGAUUUUAAGUCACUGAUUUGGUGUAAAUACACCUUUUUAACCCCUUGAGGACACAUGACAUGUGUGGCAUGUCAUGAUUCCCUUUUAUUCCAGAAGUUUGGUCCUUAAGGGGUUAAACUUUUUAUUCUCUGGUAUAGCGUACACCAUUAUUCUCGUACCUAUAUAAUGGCAAACCAGCUUGAGUUAGGACUUUAAAUACCAUAUGGGUGCCCAAUGAGUAAUGUAUACAUCAAUACUAGAAGCUCAGGAUCAAAAAAAAAAAUGAGUAGAUAGUUGUAAUAGUGUUUAUAGAAAUACAGUUUGCAUUGUAGAGAGAUAGUGAUUUACUACAUUGAAGUGAAUUAAGUAAAAUGCGGUGCAAGUACAUGACUUGUCUGUAAAACAAAUAUCAACUUUACUGAAAUGAUUCCAGAGUAAAUCAUAUCAUAUUACACAUCAGAGUUUUAAACCCUUUGUUAAAUGCAUGUUUUUCUAUUAUCAAAUAAUAUGUAUGAUGAUUUACUAUGUGUGUAAUAGAGAAUCUGCCCGCUUGUUAAAUUAGUAUUUCUAGAUCUCCUUUAAACAAUUAACAGUGUUAAUGAUCCUCGUUGAAAGUUUACAGAAAUGCUUUGUAUAACAUUUGCAUAGGUUGUCAUUCGAGCCUGUUGAUGCGAAAAUGUGCCAAGUUAUAGGAUGAACUUGGAAUUAAUCUACACAAAAAUACAUUAUUUGAACCACAAAGUAAAAUGUUACUGAGUGUAUGUUAAAACCAAGAUAGCAUUCGGUAUUAACCGAAGUAACUAUGAAGAAAGAUGAGUAGGUGAAGCUGCACCUUUAAAUAAAGUUGUAAAGACAAGUCCUAUUUCAUGCAAUAAUAGAAUGUGAAGAUUUGGAAGUAUAGUGAAUACACAUCUUACAGGGUUUUUCACUAAACUCAGAUUUGGCUAAAUUGAAGAUAGCCAACUGGUAUAUGUCUGAGCAAUUCAGAGGAUAAUUACUAAACUCUGCAAUUUACCACACUGCCUCCAAAUUGAUCUGGAUGAGUUUUAACUGAGAAACCAUUUGAACAAAAAUCCAGCAUAUUCAACCAAUCAAUUUCCAAGUCUUAUCCUCUUAGAGAAGAGUAUUGUCUUAAACAGGGGUGCCCAAAAGGAAGAUCCCCAGAUGUUGUAGCACAACUCCCAUGAUGCUUUGCAUGCCUUUAGAAUUCUUUUGAAUGACAAAGCAUCAUGGUAGCUGGAGUUCUACAACAUCUGGGGAUCUAUCUUUUGGGUACCACUGCUCUAAAAAGAAAGAUAAAAUACCCACAGUAGCUUUAAAAAAAAAGUUAAACAAAUGCAAGCACUGUAAGAUCAUUUUAAACCAGUUGAAUUUGAUUGCUAAUAAAUUAGGUAUGGUUCAAAUACCAUACUUUGGAUCAAUGCAGCCAGCCACAGAUUUGUUCCGAGCCAGGUGAACACAUUCACUCCAUCUCCCCAAAUUAACUCAUGAGUUCAGCUUACUAAAUAUCAGAAUUUAAAUUUUUGCUAAAUCUGGCAAGUCCCAGAGAAUUUAGCAAAUCUGGGAUGUAUUCUGUUAAUAAUCCUGUAGGUGUUUUGUGCAUAAACCACGAAUUGAGGUUAAACAGAAAAUCAAACUGUUAAAACUGGACUAUAAUUGCUGAGUUCUAAAAACAAAUUGGGAUUUAUUUUUCAGCUUUGACCUAAGCCUUUCAAUUCUGUUUUCAUGUCACCACAUUUAACUACUUAGUGAAUAAACACCCCAGUUUUAAGACCUUACUUUUUAAACACGGGUGCAUUUAAUGAUUCACUGUUUUCAUUCAUUGGGUGUACAUUACUAAAAUAAAUUUGACAUCGAAGUAAGCUACAUGUAUUAAAAUGUGUAAUGAUUCUGAAUGUGUUGCAAAGUGUUUAAGCUUCAUUUGGCAUAUUGUUCUCUUAGAGAACUGUGUUGUUUUAUUGUAAUACGAACAAUCAUUGUGAGUAACUAAAGCUCAUGAAUUCACUGCCAAAACAAGAGAUACUUUUUUUAAAGUAGUACUAAUGUCCUAAAUAAUUAUUUGUUGAUGUGCAACUACUAAGCUACAUAAUAAACACAUAAUAAACAUUUUUAGUGACAAAUGUAUUUUCUCAUUUGUGCCAUAAAACUUUUUUUUUUUAAAUUUUAAUUCUAAAUGAAAACCGUGACUUCCCUGGAAAUGAAAC